AUGGAGUUGAGUGGGACCCCAUCUGCCUCCCAGGUCCCCCAAACUCCGUCUGCCACUUCCAUCCCGGUCACUGUGGCGGGGACCCUUCUGAGGGGCCCCCAGCUGCUCCUGAGGGCGGCAGAGAAGUACCCUCGCACCCCGAAGUGCGCCCGAUGCAGGAAUCACGGGGUGGUGUCAGCUCUGAAGGGCCACAAGCGUUACUGCCGCUGGAAGGACUGUAUGUGCGCUAAGUGCACGCUGAUCGCGGAGCGCCAGAGGGUGAUGGCCGCGCAGGUCGCGCUCCGCAGGCAGCAGGCGCAGGAGGAGAACGAGGCUCGCGAGCUGCAGCUCCUCUAUGGAACCGCGGAGGGACUGGCUCUGGCCGCAGCCAAUGGCAUCAUCCCACCCAGGCCGGCUUAUGAAGUCUUUGGCUCUGUGUGCACAGAAGGAGGUGCAGGUAAGCACUGAACCAACACCCCAAUACUAGUCCUACCUAACACCCCAAUAUCUACCCUGUUAUCUCCCCAAUAUCUGACCUGCUUCUAUCUGACCUCCUCAUUAUCUCCCCAACAUCUCACCACCUACAGCAGAGAACCCUUAGAAAAGCCCUCAGAAGAACACAGAACUGCCCCUCAAUAUCUGCCCUACCUUGAACACAGCACCCCCAUAUAUCGCCUUAGUACAGCACAAAGAGCCAGAACCUGUAAUAUCUACAGCCCAGAACAUAACCCCUGAAAUAUCUGUCCCAUCAGAACCUGUAAUACCUGUCCCAUCAGAACCUGUAAUACCUGUCCCAUCAGAUCCUGCGAUAUCUGUCCCAUCAGAACCUGCGAUAUCUGUCCCAUCAGAACCUGUAAUACCUGUCCCAUCAGAACCUGCGAUAUCUGUCCCAUCAGAACUGUAAUACCUGUCCCAUCAGAACCUGCGAUAUCUGUCCCAUCAGAACCUGCAAUACCUGUCCCAUCAGAACCUGUAAUAUCUGUCCCAUCAGAACCUGUAAUAUCUGUCCCAACAGAACCUGCAAUAUCUGUCCCAUCAGAACCUGUAAUAUCUGUCCCAUCAGAACCUGUAAUAUCUGUCCCAACAGAACCUGCAAUACCUGUCCCAUCAGAACCUGUAAUAUCUGUCCCAUCAGAACCUGUAAUAUCUGUCCCAACAGAACCUGCAAUAUCUGUCCCAUCAGAACCUGUAAUAUCUGUCCCAUCAGAACCUGUAAUAUCUGUCCCAACAGAACCUGCAAUACCUGUCCCAUCAGAACCUGUAAUAUCUGUCCCAUCAGAACCUGUAAUAUCUGUCCCAACAGAACCUGCAAUAUCUGUCCCAUCAGAACCUGUAAUAUCUGUCCCCUCAGAACCUGUAAUAUCUGUCUCAUCAGAGCCCAGAACCUAACAAUUGCAAUAUCUGCUCCAUCAGAACCCUUAUCCCUGUAAUACAUGAAUGACCUACAGCGUUAAACAGCCCAAUAUAUCAUUCUGUCCUUCUAAUCCGAGCCCAGAAUGUGUCCUUUCAAAUCAAAGCGAUUGUAAUCGUGUAAUAAUUAAUUGCUCACUAUUUAUUAAAAGGAAACAUCAGUGCAGUAUUGACAGUUUGUAUAUCAGCCGCAAUUUUACCCUCAUUUAAAAUCUCCUAAAUAUGUUAUAAUAAAAUAAUCUCUCAGGUUCGUCUAAUAUAAAAAUCACUAUCUAUCUAUCUAUCUAUCUAUCUAUCUAUCUAUCUAUCUAUCUAUCUAUCUAUCUAUCUCUCUCUCUAUCUCUAUCUCUAUCUCUAUAUCUAUCUAUCUAUCUAUCUUUCUUUCUAUCUGUCUAUCUAUGUCUAUCUAUAUCUAUCUAUCUUUCUAUCUUUCUAUAUCUAUCUAUCUAUCUAUCUAUCUGUCUAUCUAUGUCUAUCUAUCUAUCUAUCUUUCUAUCUGUCUAUCUAUGUCUAUCUAUAUCUAUCUAUCUUUCUAUCUUUCUAUAUCUAUCUAUCUAUCUAUCUAUCUAUCUAUCUAUCUAUCUAUCUAUCUAUCUAUCUAUCUAUCUAUCUAUCUAUCUAUCUAUCUCCCAUAUCUAUCUAUCUAUCUCCCCUAUCUAUCUAUCUAUCUAUCUAUCUAUCUAUCUAUCUAUCUAUCUAUCUAUCUAUCUAUCUAUCUGUAUCUAUCUAUCUAUCUAUCUAUCUAUCUAUCUAUCUAUCUAUCUGUCUGUCUGUCUGUCUGUCUGUCUGUCUGUCUAUCUAUCUAUCUCCCCUAUCUAUCUAUCUAUCUAUCUAUCUAUCUAUCUAUCUAAACCCCCCUAUCUAUAUAUCUAUCUAUCUAUCUAUCUAUCUAUAAUAAAUUUAUAUUAUUCUUAUUGCAUUUAUUAAUUAUAUUUGCCCCUAUUAGGGUAACUUACCUACUUCCUUUUUAAGUCUUUCAGACUUUUUAAUAACAAGAAACAAGAUCCAGUCACUAUUAUAAUAAAAGUUUUUGGUUGCUGUUGUUGUUUUUUUUUUUGUUUUUGCAAAAAGGGAAUGAUUUAACUAGAUAAUUUAUGAAUAAAUUGAUUCCUCCCAAUUAAUUAAAUAUACAGUAUUUACUAAAUUUCCAAUGACUAAUAUAGAAGAUCUUAUUAGAUUUAAGCAAUCCCACCUCUUACAUAACUGGAUGAAAAUCGCACUUAGAAAGAAAGGAAGGAAAAAAAGACAAAAACAUAAUCAAAAAGAAAAGAUUUCAACUUUCCCAGUGACCUCUUUGCUCCCCUGCUAAUUAUCUCCUAACCCUGACCCUUUAUUGGAGGAUUUAGAGCAGAGUUAACAAACACCUAGCAUUUGCUAAAUGGUAACUCCUAACACCCUCAGGCUGCCUGAUUCCAAGCGCAGCCAAGCUGGGGAUUGUGGGAGUUGCAGGCUGUAAUCUUGUGGUUGUUUCCAUUACUUGCAAGUCUGCUAAGCUGGUAAUGCAGCCAUUAUAGGGAUCCCUAGUUCCAUGUCUGGGGGCCCCCCACCUCCCCACCCCAGUUCCAUGUCUGGGGACCCCCCCACCUCCCCACACCAGUUCCAUGUCUGGGGACCCCCACCUCCCCACCCCAAUUCCAUGUCUGGGGACCCCCCCCACCUCCCCACCCCAAUUCCAUGUCUGGGGACCCCCCCCACCUCAGUUCCAUAUCUGGGGGCCCCCACCUCCCCACCCCAGUUCCAUGUCUGGGGACCCCCCCACCUCCCCAUCCCAGUUCCAUAUCUGGGGGCCCCCACCUCCCCACCCCAGUUCCAUGUCUGGGGACUCCCCCACCCCAGACCCUCUCUUUGCAAUACUGAGGGUCAGACAUCCCAGGGAUUGCACCCCAUCUGUUGCACCUUUUUGAAAUGUUUUGUGUUGUUCAUAUUGAACCCCUCCUUGCAGUGGUGGUGGUUACAGCCCCCAUAGUGCAAGCCAAAACCUCACAAUCAAGAAUACUCUUAUAUAGUUUUAGUAGUCAGAUGCAUUAAAACGCUUCUCUGUAGGUUUGGUGAUACUCUCUGCCCCACCCCUACCGCCCACCAACCCCCACCUUUGAGCAGUGCAGACCCUCACAGAAGGUCCUGUUGUUUAGUGUUGAUACAGUAACCUCCCCUAAUCCUGAGUCCUGCUGUAUAGUGUUAAUAUGUAGCCUGAUUGUAGAUUUUAGACAGUUCUUUGCUUUCACCCACUAUAUUUUACUGAAAAUAACUUGUCUAAUGCCAUCAUUUUGCUUCAUAGGGAUAAAUGACAACCAGUCAAUCAGUGUCAUUUAUUUACCCAAAUUCUCUGCUCUGUCUCCAGAAUCCAAGAUCCAGAAGUUUGACAUCUUCCCAAAGAACUUUGUUCCCAGAUCUGGAACCCCCCAGCAGCUGCCCUCAGGUACAAAGCCAGUGACUCCAGACAGUGAGUCAGUGAGUGGCAGUGCUCCUGGUGCCUCCUCCCCAGAGGUGAGACCAGGUUCUGGCUCUGAAAAUGGAGAUGGAGAGUCUUUCCUCAGCUCCCCCAUGGCCAAGGCUCUGAAAGAAGGAGAGGAGAGCCCUAGCUCCAUCAGCCCCUUGGGCUCUGAGUCAGGUUCUGAUGCAGAAAAGGACGAGCAAGAUCCCAGCUCGUCAUCUUCAUCCAGACAAAGGACCCCCAUAGACAUUCUCACCAGAGUCUUUCCCACUCAGAAGAGGAGUGUUCUGGAGCUGGUCCUUCAGGGCUGUGGUGGAGAUGUGGUCCAAGCCAUUGAGCAGAUUCUGAACAACAGGGGGCAGGAUAAGAGUGAUGAAACAUGGUCAAGAGAUGGCACCCUCCAGAGUAUUCAGCCAUCAAUGUCCACCACCCACAGACCUCUCAUUGCUGGGGCAAUCACCCCAGCCAUAGGGACUAUUGGGAGCAGAUCUGCAUUUUCACCCUUACAACCUAAUGCCACCAAUUUUGGCACUGAUACCAACGCUUACCAUUUAGGUGGGCACCUUGGACUGAACCCACUGAGGCUAGCUUAUUCUGCUCACAGCAGAGGCCUUGCUUUCAUGACUCCAUAUUCUACAGCUGGGUUCAUGCCUACCCUUGGCUUUCGCCCACCCAUGGACUAUGCCUUCAGUGACCUCAUGAGGGACAGGGCGAAUGUUCACAAAUCAGAUCAGGUAUACUCAAAUGGACUUUAUGGACCUGUGGUCAACAAUAGUACUGAAAAGCCCUGAAUCCCAUUUUUGAUACAGUAAUACAACAGUAUGGACUUUAAACUGAUGGUUUUGGUAUCUUCUAAUUUCAUUAUGGGGGCCACCUAAAAAGAGCCAAUUUGGAUUUUAAAAAUGUGUUUGAGAACUGAACUGGUUCUGAUCCAGCAAGAUAAAGCGAAUUGUAAUCUGCAUUUUUUCUUUUUUUAAUUCCUCAAGUGUAUUUGUUGGUGGACACGGUCACUUAUUUAAGGAUUUCUUUAGGCUGCAAUGAAUGAUGUACAAACAUAGCAGACACAAAGAAACAAAAAACAAAAAAAAACAAAAAAAAAACAAGCAAGAGGCAGAUGAUAAGAUGCACUUUUUUUGUUAAGGUAUUUGUGACUCUAUGGACUCAAGCAUGAAAAUUAAACUGCAUUGUAUCACUUCCUGUAAUUAGAAAUAUAUAGAGAACUAUAUGGGGACAGGCAGCUCUUUGAGAUGGGAGUCUAACUUAUUCUAAACCUUGUGAGUGGAACUUCAACCACAAAAGAGGAGUCUGUGUAUGUGCAGUUCAAAUAAGAUCUAUGGACCCAUGAAGAGGCAGAUGUACAGCUGUGUAAAAUUGGUUUGAGAAGUGGGUAUCACAGCUCACACUUUGUUUCUUGUGCUGUUUUGAUUGUUUAGAAAUUGUUAACACAAUUGUGUGAUCAUGCCAUAAAACGUUAGAAAUAAAUGUUAUUUUCUAAGAUUUGUAUUAUUGUGUGUCUAAAUAGAAUAGAAUAAUCUCGGUCUCUUGGAAAUGUCAGUUCUGUCAACAAAAUAUACAGGGGAAAAAAAGAAGUUAAUUUUUUUUAAUUAGAUUUUUUUUUUCUGAAUCCAAUUAAUUGUGUAUAUUAAAAAAAAACCAACAUGCUGCUUUUUGGUGAAUUACCUCACUGUAUUGGGGGUAGCAAAGACAAUUAAAAACAAUAUAAAAAACGCUUCAGCGAUAUUUAUGGAAAUAUUAAAAUAUUAAAAUAUUGAGGAGACAAGUAAAAAAGGAAAAAUCUGCAAGAUCUCGGAUUUUCCAAGUAUAUUGUGUAGUGUCGUUGGGAUCUCAAUGUUGGGAACAUGUAAAUAUAUAGAGACAGUAAUACGGAUCGAACAACAUUACUGAGAAAACAGUGAAUUUAAAAAUUGAUUUUCAAAAUUCUGGUGAAUUCUUUGAGUCUACAUUAAUUACCCCAAAUCAUCUAUUUCGGCUUAAAUGUUUAAAUUUCGUUUACAUUUCAAUAUCUAAUCACUCUCUCUCUUCAUCGAUCGAUUUAUAGAUAAAUAUAUCUAUCUAUCUGUUAUCUACCUAUUUAUUAUUUAUCGAUUUGUCAUCUAUCAAUUAUCUAUUUAUCUAUUUAUUUUUUAUCGAUUUGUCAUCUAUCAAUUAUCUAUUUAUCUAUCUAUUUAUUUUUUAUCGAUUUGUCAUCUGUCAAUUAUCUAUUUUUUUUUUUUAUCGAUUUGUCAUCUAUCUGUCUGUCUAUUCUCUCUCUCUCGCUCUCUCUCGAUUAGCUCAACCUGGAAUUAAUUUAUUAAAGUAUCUCUUAUGAAAUCGAAAUAUCGCAGGAAAAUAAAACUACAAAACUUGCCUCAGAUAAUCAUAUUCGCAUUUAAAACAAAACGUUUGAUAAAACAUCCCUUAGAAGCACCGUGCGCUAUUUAUUGAUACAUAUGACGCAAUCGAGCCAUCCGUUUUAUUUUCCGCUAUGUUGAGCUAUACUGAUUGAUUUAACGAAUCGUUCCUGUUCCCCUCUGCACUUGUAGGGCUGGAAUCCUUCAGCCAGAGAUAAAAUAAUGGCAGGUAAUUAAUUGCGAUUUCCCCGGAGUCUUUAUUGCGGUAUUUUGCUAUUCAUUAAGCAGAGAAUCUGUGUCUCUGGUCAUAGCAUCCUGCCCCUGGAGUCCUCACCCCUUGGGGUAUGAAAACAUUUUCACAUUCUGGAAACCAAGAUGUGAACAUGCCGCCUGUUGCAACUGAAAAUUCCACCCAUUGUGAGUUUUGUAUGAAGAGCUAAACUGGGGCGAUGCUCUAAAAAUGGAGCAGUUACCAUGGAAACGAAUAGAAUGUUCUUGUUGAUUGCGCCACCUUUAGAUCUUCGCUCUAGAUUUUCCUCUUUAGACAUAGCAGCCACUGUAACAUAUCCUGCUGAAAGUCUGUCAUAAUUCUGGGGGCAGGAUACAUUUUCUUGGGACUUGAUUAUUUACGAUAAUCUGGUUUUGAUACAUACCGUUAGGACAGAGAUAAAGAUACACAACAUUACUUGGAAUAAUUCAAUCCAAUCCCACCUGCCACCUAAUCUAACACUCUCUCACAGACUGACAGUGUACAGGAAGGGGUCUAGGACAGAGCACAGUGAGAUUUAAUGAUCAAUCUCUACAAUUUUACUAAAUAUUUAUCUAAAGCACUUGAGUCUUUAGAUUAAGUUGGAAAACGUUUUAGAUGUGUUUGUGAUCUAAGUCUCUGUAAACUGGCCUGACACAGAUCUUAUCCACUCACUGCCAAAACCAUUUCAGAAAAUAGACUUUUUAAAAAAAGCUAGGGAAAUUUAAGAUGGUUAGAUGAAAACGUUUUAAUAAAGACUGGCUUUAUUAGGAAGGUCACUUGAUGUGGCUCACUAAUUCCCCUUUAAUUGAAAAGAAUGAGGUGGGUUUUGGUGGGUAAGUGCCAGGUUUAUCCUGCAAUGGGAAAUGGUAGUGGGACAUCUGUAUAUUGAUUUAAUGACUGCACUUAGCUGUCUGUCAGCAUUUAGACUGUAAGUGAUCCCCUAAAGGCAGAUUGUCCCAACUGGAUGGGGUAUUUAGGGGGGCAUCCCUGCAGGCUGGAUAAUUUAUUAAAUAAAUAACCUGAGAAUGCUGUGAUCUAAUAAUGGGUUACAGUAACAUCUCCAGGUCUUAUUAGACUAGAGCUAGACCAUUAUUUAAAAGAAGAAAAACUACCACAAGAGGACAUAGUCUUAAAUUAGAGGGACAAAGGUUUAAAAAUAAUAUCAGGAAGUAUUACUUUACUGAGAGGGUAGUGGAUGCAUGGAAUAGCCUUCCAGCUGAAGUGGUAGAGGUUAACACAGUGAGGGAGUUUAAGCAUGCGUGGGGUAGGCAUAAGGCUAUCCUAACUAUAAGAUAAGGCUAGGGACUAAUGAAAGUAUUUUGAAAUAUUGGGCAGACUAGGUGGGCCGAAUGGUUCUUAUCUGCCUAGGAAUUGGAAAAUAUCUGUGUCUGGGACUACAACUACCAUCAUGCUUAGCAAGCCUUCACUCUGCAGUAUAUUACAUAGUAUAGCAUAGCAACAUAGUAUUUUUGUAUUAUGUCUCGCCUCCAUAUAUGGGGGGGGGGGUCUUUAUUUUUCCUUUCUUGGGGUCAGCUGGUGGUCAUAAAUAUGUCUUUAUGAGACCCCCAAAUAAAUAUAGAUUACAUAGCUAAUACAAAAUCCCACUUAGCCCAUCAUGGUGAUACAUAAUUUGUACAUUCAGGGAACGUGUCACAUAAAGAUGUCUGAGCAGGUUUAGGAGGAUAAAGAUUCUAUUCUCAAUUUAAGGAUCAUAAAUCAUCAAAAAACAUUUCUGUAAAUAAUGUUUUGUUAAUAUUCCAGGUAGAUUGGGUCAGCAGCAUAAAUGAAUGACUUUUAAAGGUUAAACAAUGAACAUUAGUACUUUUUCAACCUAGAUUGUCAUGUUACUAUGUAAGAUGUCUGCUAUUAUUUUAUUCUAUAUGGUUUUAUUAUUAUUUAUAAAGUACACUCUAAUUAUAUGUGCUCUACAAUACAGUAAAACACAUUUGAAUGAACAAAUCUAAUUAUAAUUUCUUUUUAAAACCAAGUUCUUCCACACCUGGAAAUCUCUCCAGAAUAUCUGGGACUCUUGGUAUUUUAACACUUCACUACCUUGGACCCCUUAUCUUUUUUGCCAUCUUUUUUUCAAUGUUCUUUCCCCACUCUCCCUUCAUUACACAUUAUAAGUCUGGAUUGUAAGCCCGUUUGACAAGUCAAAAUAUGUAAUAGUUUCAUUUAUUGUUAAAUCUCCCCCUAACAAUAUUUAUUGAUUAAUUUAUUGAUUUAUUUAUAAAAUAUUUUACCAGGAAAGAUACAUGGAGAUUUCUUUCGUUUUCAAGUAUGUCCUGGGUUCACAAAACAUUGCAUUGUUACAUUAGGGUACAAUAAAAUACAAAAACAAUAUUAAUUGGAAAGUUCUGCGGAAUAAGUUGGCAUUACAUAAAUUCCAAUAAUAUUAAUACAUUUAAUAAUAAUAAUAUUGAUAAUAACUUUCUUUUAAACUUUGACCCUCCUAGCCCGACCUUCCUUUCCUUACCGUCCCUUUCCCCUUACCCUCCUUCGUACCCUACCUCUCUUCCUCCGUCAACCUUACUUAAUUCCCCUACCCCACCUAUACCAUUAUCCUACCUCUCUUUCUCCCCCAACCUUCAUUCCUCCCCCUAUUAUUAAUAUUAUUAUUAUUGACAUUUAUAUAGCGCCAACAGAUUCUGUAGCGCUUUACAAUAUUAUGGGAGUGGAAGGGGGGGGGGAGGGAGGAGGGAUUUAACUAUAAAUAGGUCAAUUACAAAAACACCUUACAGGAACAAUAGGUUGAAGAGGACACUGCUCAAAUGAGCGUUCAAUCUAUCACUUCUUCCUCCAACGCUCUCUACCUCUGUCGUUACCUCAUCCCUCUUUCUCCACCUACCUUCUGUACCCUCCCUUUUCCUCCAACCGUUCUUACCUUUCUUAGUCCCUAACCUUCCUUCCCCUACUAUCCCUCCCUCCAUGUCAUGUUUUAUUUCCUUUUUCCCCAAAAAUAUUUAAACAAACAAACAAAUAAAUACAUAAAUAAAUAAAUAAAACAUUUUAAAUACAUGCUGUUAAUGUAAUCUCCAUGUAUGCCUGGUUUCACAUCGGAUCACAGAUAAACUAGGCUGGAAAAACAGCUGAAUUGGAUAUAUUUUCAUAUGCAGCUUUUUUGGGCCUAAAUUAAAUGAUGUUUUCAAUUUGUUACACUUGUCAUUGUUGAGUGGAUAAAUACUACAUAAUAAAAUUAAACCAAAUUAGCAGUUGCAAAAUAUUACAUUUACGGUCAGAGUAGCUGAAUGGAAAGCAGAGCGGACUUAGAGAAUUAUUCAAGUUCAGCAAUUUUUACCUUAAAUCUAAAAUUCGCUUUGAAUUCUCACUUUAGUGAAUCACUCUCAGACCUUCUGGACAACUGACCCGGACACUGCAGAUAUUGGAUUCGGUUGGAGAAUUUUCAGAAUUAGGUUAGUUUAGCCUGAAUCAAACAUUUACAAAUCUCCUCAAGCUUUAGUUUCCUAGAAUUAAAGCACAAGAAGUUCAACCUUUGUAAUUUGUAUUUUUUUUGUUUGUAAGAAAAAAACAUUCUAACCGAGCUCUGAAAAAUAAUCCAUGUAUAUUAGCAUUCUAAAUGUGUGUAACCUUGUGACUGUCCAUAACAUCCUCUCGUUUGUUGGUGCUAAAAUAAGUGAGCAAUUUAAAGAAGCAAACAUUCUAAUACUAGGGCAAAUUAUUCACUAAACAUUAAAUUGUGGUGAAACGCAAAGUUUAUUCUAAAAUAGUCUCACUGUGACUUCGACUCCUGCCUCUGUCAAUAUUUUGUACGUCAAUUACUUGUUGUCAGAUAUGCCCAGUCUAUCAUUGUAAAGCGCUACGGUAUAUGUUGGUGCUAUAUAAAUUCUGAGUAGUAUAAAUGACAUAAUUUCUCUCUCUCACAAGCAAACAUUGUUUUGUUUUCCUUCACAUUUUCACAUAAUAGCAAACUGUGCGAUAAACGCCAUUGAGCAAUGUUUCUCUGGAGUUUUCUUAGGUGGAGAUAUAUAAUUGAUAUAGUAGAUACAUUUUCAGCCAUUUUUCAUAAUAAAAGUGAAAGUAUACCACCCUCAUACUUUCCCUAGAAAACCCCUAUAUUUGUUAUUUCUGUUUAGUAAUAUGUGGCAUUAUAUAAGCUAGUAGUACAGCAGUUUGGGCAAGAUCUCUUCUGUGGGGGUGGGGAGGAAUCUAAUGAUUCUAACUAUUCACUCUCAUUAAAUUUGCCAGGUCCUGGCUAAGCAGUACAUAUUGUCUCUAUUGGAAGAGUUCUGUGGGAGACAAUGUUGUCUUAAAACCUUCUGAUCUCUCAUUAACAUCAUGCCAGGGGCAGUCCUGGAUUUAAAGGGCCCUCAGCAAGAAUCUCUACUGAUGGCACAUCUCAAACACAAGCAAGGGAUUUAAUUUUGCCCAAACUACAUCACAUUUAUUUAUCCACAUUUUUGCAUAAUUUUUUAAAUAAAAAAAAUAAAAAAGAUAAAUGACUCCAUGCGUUAAUUCGAGUACCAACUUGUUAAAUUGCUCGUAUUAAAGCUACAAACCAUUCAAGAUAUCAAAUCCUUCUGUUUAAAGGAAGACACUAAAACGAAAACGACAAUAAUAAUAAUUGGGAUGGAAUGAAUUUUUGGAGAAUUGACAAAUAAGCUUUCCUUCCUGUAAACUAGAAAAUUCUCAUAAUAUUUUCUCAGUUUUAGCCUAAAAUGUUUGAUUUUCCGUGUCAAUUCCCCACAAUUUAUGAUUUAGUUAAAAACUUCUAAUUUUGUUAGUUAAUCUAAAACAGUGGGAGAAAAUGGAACUAGGAUUGGAUACAUUUAUUUUAGCAGCUUUUUGACAUCACUUUGUCACGCAUACAGUUAUUUUGAUUUAUUACCGGCAUUUAUAAAGUGCCAACAUAUUUCACAGCGCUGUACAGUGGGAAAAAAAACCCUGUAAAAUAUAUAUACCAUCAGUAGCUCAUACAGUUAUAAGAAACAUGGGAUUUUUUAAAAAACCUGCUCCUAACAGUACAGGGAGAAAAAGUUUAAAAGUUUUAAAUAUUGGGCAGUCGUCGUGGAAACCAGCGGAUAGUUCCUACACAUUCUAUUAGUUCCCAUGGUGAUUGCUCUACUUUUAUAACUUUGCCCAACUUUUCUGUUAGCAACACUUUUAUACAUACCUCAAAUAUACCCAAUGUUACCAAAAUGGAAACAAGACAAUUUUUACUUAAAGUGGACACAGACAUAUUCAGAUUGAUCAGAAAUUUGUAAAAGGUUCUCCUUCCGGGGAGGGUGGGCUACACUUGGCCUGGGGGAAACUACUAACAAAUUGCCCAAUUUUUGGUCAAAUCAGCACAGUGUCACAUCGCAGUCCACUGCCUUCCUUAUCUUUUUAAAUGAAAUGCUUUAUAAUAAUCCGCAAUAGCUGGAAUACAACAAAAACAUGAAAACUUAGUUACUUUACUGAGAGGGGAGUGGAUGCAUGGAAUAGCUUUCCAGCUGAAGUGGUAGAGGUUAACACAGUGAGGGAGUUUAACCCCUUAAGGACCAAACUUCUGGAAUAAAAGGGAAUCAUGACAUGUCACACAUCUCAUGUGUCCUUAAGGGGUUAAGCAUGCGUGGGAUAGGCAUAAGGCUAUCCUAACUAUAAGAUAAGGCCAGGGACUAAUGAAAGUAUUUAGAAAAUUGGGCAGACUAGAUGGGCCGAAUGGUUCUUAUCUGCCGUCACAUUUUAUGUUUCUAUGUCAAGGGGUUCCCGGAUUCCACCAUACCUUAGGUGGGAGGGGAAGGAACACCUAACAGUAGUUGAUAAGUAGAUGUAUAGGGACACUCCACUGCCCAAAUACAAAAUAACUAAAAAGCCCUGUAUUGUAGUCAUACCCUAAAUAAAAAUCUGCGUGCAUUUAAUUAUGCAUUUUUUAUCCAUUGGUUCAUUGGGCGUAUAUCUAAAAACAGCUUGCACAAAGUGUAGUUUUCUUGUCUGAAGACUUUGCAAGCCCGCCCCUUCUAGAGCAACCCGAAUUUCUGUGGCUAUCCAAUCACAGACUUCCCAAUGCAGCUUAAUGAACUCUUUGCAAGGCAGGUGCUCUAGGCAAUUGCUGCCUCUUGAGUUAAGCUCCACCGAGCUAACCAAACCAUGACCUGUUGUUUGCUUGAAGGGUGGGGGGUAGGUUAAUUCAUAUAAGUGUCAAUUUCAAUUGAAAUCUACUCUUUAAUAAUAACUAUUAUUUAUAUAGCACCUUUCUUCCAGUGGGACUCAAAGUGAUUAUCAGCACAUGCUUUUGGAAGGAACUGAAUCAAAAUAGAUAUUACUAUUACCCAAUUGAUGGUACUUAUUUAUUGACAUUGUUAGGAUGAAGCGCUGAGUUGACACUGUCAGGAUUUAAGCCUGUGACCUUGUGGUUUGAACAGACUCUGUAGUCAGGGAAUUUACUAAGUGAGCUAUCUCACCAGCUAUUUCUGGAGAAAGGCAAUGUUUGCUACUAGUGUCUAUAGUGUCCCUUUAACUUACAGAUACUAGGCUCGUUUCCAUUCUUGUUGGUAAAAAAAAAAAAAAACACAAAAAAAGUUGUUAAUCUUUGUUAAUACCAUCAACUAGAUUGGUAUAGGCAGGUAGAUAUAGGUAGAUAUUUUUUGCUAAAAUAUAGACAGUAUUUUUUGGUGGACUUCUGUUUUUAAUGGCUGCACACCACUCACAUCCACUGAUAUCAACCACAACCUAGCCAUGCCACUCACAUCCACGGAUAUCAACCACAACCUAGCCAUGCCACUCACAUCCACUGAUAUCAACCACAACCUAGCCAUGCCACUCACAUCCACUGAUACCAACCACAACCUAGCCAUGCCACUCACAUCCACUGAUACCAACCACAACCUAGCCAUGCCACUCACAUCCACUGAUAUCAACCACAACCUAGCCAUGCCACUCACAUCCACUGAUAUCAACCACAACCUAGCCAUGCCACUCACAUCCACUGAUAUCAACCACAACCUAGCCAUGCCACUCACAUCCACUGAUAUCAACCACAACCUAGCCAUGCCACUUACAUCCACUGAUAUCAACUACAACCUAACCAUGCCCCUCACAUCCACUGAUACCAACCACAACCUAGCCAUUCCACUCACAUCCACUGAUACCAACCACAACCUAGCCAUGCCACUCACAUCCACUGAUACCAACCACAACCUAGCCAUGCCACUCACAUCCACUGAUAUCAACCACAACCUAGCCAUGCCACUCACAUCCACUGAUACCAACCACAACCUAGCCAUGCCCCUCACAUCCACUGAUAUCAACCACAACCUAGCCAUGCCACUCACAUCCACUGAUACCAACCACAACCUAGCCAUGCCACUCACAUCCACUGAUAUCAACCACAACCUGGCCAUGCCACUUACAUCCACUGAUAUUAACCACAAAGUAGCCAUGCCACUCACAUCCACUGAUAUCGACCACAAUCUAGCCAUGCCACUCACAUCCACUGAUAUCAACCACAACCUAGCCAUGCCACUCACAUCCACUGAUAUCAACCACAACCUAGCCAUGCCACUCACAUCCACUGAUAUCAACCACAAUCUAGCCAUGCCACUCACAUCCACUGAUAUCAACCACAACGUAGCCAUGCCACUCACAUCCACUGAUAUCGACCACAAUCUAGCCAUGCCACUCACAUCCACUGAUAUCAACCACAACGUAGCCAUGCCACUCACAACCACUGAUAUCAACCACAACCUAGCCAUGCCCCUCACAUCCACUGAUACCAACCACAACGUAGCCAUGCCACUCACAUCCACUGAUAUCAAUCACAACCUAGCCAUGCCACUCACAUCCACUGAUAUCAACCACAACCUAGCCAUGCCACUCACAUCCACUGAUAUCAACCACAACCUAGCCAUGCCACUCACAUCCACUGAUAUCAACCACAACCUAGCCAUGCCACUUACAUCCACUGAUGUCAACCACAAUGUAGCCAUACCACUCACAUCCACUGAUAUCAACCACAAUGUAGCCAUGCCACUCACAUCCACUAAUAUCAACCACAAUAUAGCCAUGCCACUCACAUCCACUGAUAUCAACCACAACAUAGCCAUGCCACUUACAUCCACUCAUAUCAACCACAACCCAGCCAUGCCACUCACAUCCACUGAUAUCAACCACAAUGUAGUCAUGCUAUUUCACCAUCAGUUUGGGAUAUACCCGACUUCACACAUUUCACAAAUAUUUAUUGAAAACUACGCGUGUUUUUACAGUUUACAGAUUUAGUGCUUAAAUAUACUUGCUGUUUGUUUCCUUCGCUUUAUGCUCUUGAGUGGAUGCAUUGGUGGUUUAUUACAGAUUUAAAGUCAUUGGACAAAAUCAUCUUUGUAUAUAGAACUGUGUUUGACUGAGAAGUGGGAGUGAGUGUAGAUUCUGGUUCCAGUGAGCCACAGUUUCUUUAAUUGAAUUAUUUUUAACCUUUGAUUACUACAUGUCUGCGCAAUCUGUAAAACAAUCAGGAUUCUUUGUACACCUACCAACAGAUGCUGUGUGCCAGCACUGUACUGAGGGGAUGUUUCCAAACACAAACUGGGAUUCAUUCAUUUAUUUGUAGAAAAUUAAUUGACAUUUUAAAAAAAAAAUCCUCUUUACUUUUGGAGAAAAGUAUAUAACUGGCAAAACAAAAUAUGUACAUUCUUACCGGACUGACAUCUGAUGUUUAGCUCAGGAGAAAAUGCCCAUCAGCUUCUAUGAUUUAAUUACUAACUUCAAUUAAUCACUGUACUGCCUUUGAACAUGCAGAAGCAAGUGGUCCUCAAUUCUCCAGCUGUAUCAUACUGACACCUAGUGUUCUAAAGUAGACGUUAUCACUAUCGAUAUUGUGUAUACUUGGGCAUUUGUUUAGGUAGAAUAUCAAUUCAAAGAAAAUUUGCUUAUUUGGCCUUUCAUUCGAAUUCCAAAUGGCACAAUGGAAGAAUGAACUAAUGAUGCAAUUAAAAAAUAUAUUCCAUGCAUGUCUUGUCCAUUAGUUCAUUUUUGUCAAUUCAUUAAAUAGAUUCCCUUAUGCAGUUAUUUUCAGAACUAAAGGUUCCCUUUAAUGGUACCAAAUUAGGGAGCUGUUGUGUUUAGGCUAUAGCUCCCAAAUUUGGUACCCUCAAAGAGGACCUGUAGUUCUAAAAAUAACAAUAUUUUUUUCAGGAUUAUUGGCUUCCUUCUUGCCAAGCACACACUGUCCACCCCUGUAACGAACUCCUUGGAUUUCGUAUACUCCGUUCGUUCGUAAACUCCCAAAAUGCCGAUUCGUAAUUAUCUUCCAGGCACUAGAGUUACAAAGUAUAAAACAUAACAUAUUAAAAAUACACAUAACAUAUCUGAACCCCCACAAGCAUUAUAUCCCCGCAUAGCCCGAAUCUGAGCGCUCAAAAUAUCCAAAUAGCGCUCAGAUCCCACGAAUACAGCCGAAUCGCCACCGGGGUAAAGUUUUGACCAAUUUGGCGUCUGCCCAAAUUAGUUCCAGAGAUAUAGUGGUAGCGGUCGGUCACUUUCAGGAGUUCAGAAACUAAUAAAAUGUCAACUGGUUUCCCUGGCUCAUAGGUAGCGAUUGUUUGCCUAGUUUGUGCGAACAAUCCUACUGAAUAGCACUCUCCUGUCUUGUCAGCGCAGAAGGUGGGGGUUAUCCCCCACAACCCGGUUCAACCAGAUAAGGGGAUUGUGAUCAGUAAUUAAAGUGAAGGGACGACCAUAGAGAUAGGGUUGUAAUUUCUUUAAUGCCCAUACAAGAGCCAGGCAUUCUUUCUCCACGGUGGAAUAGCUGACUUCUCUGGGUAACAGUAUUCAGCUACUGGAUGCUCCAUUCCCUCGUACCCCACUUGGCUUUGCAUGGCUCCCAGCCCAAAUAUGGAGGCAUCUGUGUGGACAAGAAAUUUCUUAGUAUGAUAGUAUGGGCGACCAACACAGGUGCUUCACUUAUUUCUGUGCUCAAACUCUCAAAAGGCGGCAUCACACUCCAGGGACCACACUAGCUGUCUGGGAAGGGACUUUUUUGUCAGGUCAGUGAGUGGCUUGACGAGGGCACUAUAGUCAGGGACACACUUGCGGUAGUAACAUGCAGUCCCUAGAAACGCUUGUACCUGUGUCUUGGUACGGGGUUGGGGCCAAUUGGCAAUAGCCUCUACCAUGGCGGGUUCUGGUCACUGAUGUCCAGAACCUACUCUAUGGCCGAGGUACUGUUCCCUAAUGAACACAGGGGAAUUAACUGGGAUAAUAAAAUACAGCGUUUUGUCACAACCCCCUUUUGCCCUGAUUAGGACUGCAUGGACAGAAACAAAAUAGAUUUGACUCCUAAAUGGCAGAUCAUUUAGCAGUGAGACAGCAGAGGCUUGGUGUAUGUCACACACUCUACUCUAAGUGUCCGCAUGACUUAGUUCUGUAGGUGAAAUUAUUAUAAUUCACUAUUUGUCUGCACUAGACCAGAAAAAAAAUAUAAAAAUACUCCUUAUAACCACCCACACUUAAUUACAAUAAUAUAAAUAAUACUAUUUUAUAACGCUGCCACCACCAAGACAAUUUAUACAUGGGAUGUCUUGGUCCACCAAGUAAAUUAGAAUAAAAACCCACUAAAUACAAUUUAGCACAGUAUCUAUGUUAUUUCAAAAUACUAAUAAAUUGAUCUAAUGAGUCUUUACUAGACAAAGGCAGAACUUAAUAAAAGAAUAUUUAAUAGUCACAGUGCAUAUAUAAAAUCUGAUGACAAACAAAUUAUUUACACCAAUAGCAAUUAAACAUAAUAUGAAGAAUUUAACAGAAAACCUAACUACUCACUUAGAUGGUAAAGUAACAGUAUUUUCUGAUCGGAGGGUCUCCAGCAAGGUAACGUAGCGUCUUUCUCGAAAUUCGAUCUUGGCCCUUAGUAAGCACACUAGACAUUUUCCUAUCAAUUAGAUUUAUACCUCCUGUAUACAUCUCAGGUUUCCAAGCCGGCCCAGAGGUGGUAUAGGUGGAGGGGAAGGUGUACUUAUAGGAACAAUAAGUAGGCUCCCCCUUGUGUUUCAGAACAACAUCAAUCCAAAUAGAAACUUUAUUUUAUCUCAUCUUUUGUGGUCGCCACAGAAAUAAAAAUUGCACCCGUUCCAUAAAUAUGUCAUACUUACUUCUUUUGACCUAAUACAACGGACUUUACAAUUCCUUCCGAAUGGCUUAAGCUGUGUUAACCGUAUUUCAAUUCUUUUUGUAGAGUUAUCUUUUUACUUUCUAAAUAUGCACAAAAGGAGGCACGAUUAUUCAUCUGUGGGUUAUUCUUAAUGUUUCUUUUGGAUGUGACACUGGAGGACCAUGGUCUUUUUAACUGCUAAGGGUCACUUAGCAUAUCAAAAGUUCCCACUAUAUUAGAGGGGAUAUACGUGUACGGCAGAUUAUUUAGUUAAUUUACUUUAAAACUAGACUCAGAGGCAACGCGUGUGUAACAUUUCACACCUUGCAGAGGGGCUCCGGAGUCACAGCUUCAAAGGAGUUGGAAAGCUUCUGACAUCUAUCACAGUGCUCCUCAACUCUCUCCUCAAGACACACCUAACAGUCCAGGAUUUAGGGAUUACCCGAGUGUGUCUAAGGUGUUUAAAAAAACACUGUUUUUUCUUUUUCUAAACACCUUAGACACACCUGGGACAUCCCUAAAUCCUGGACUGUUAGGUAUGCCUUGACGAGAGGGUUGAGGAGCACUGAUCUAUCAUAUUCCUAUAUAAUUUAAAUUAACCCCCUCUGACAUCUAUCCUCUACAAUCAAAUUGGCCAUACCACCUCUGCCAAGUAGCCAAUUCAUGUAUGCACUACACAAAUCAGACUAAAUAGCAGUAUUCUGUAGUGCAACAAUGAAUUAUGCACCCUUGGCGUGAAAGUCUAUACAUCCAAACUGCUUCAUUAAGCAUUAAGCUGUUUUAGUUCCCAUAGUACCCAUUUAGGAAAAUGAAUCUUCUUAAUUUUGAUCUUUCAGCUACAUAGUAGAUAGCUCCGUAAUUUGGUAUCCUUAUGUGGGAUUGCCAUAAGUAAAGAUUCUAAAAUAUAGAGCUAUCUACUAAACAAAACUCUCUCUCUAUUAUGGUACUCUUUAAUAUGGCAAUCGUCAAUAGGGGUACCAAAUUAAGGACUUAUCUAGCUAUCUGAACCACAGAAACGUUUGGCGGCGACUGCGGCAUUCCAUUCAACAGAAUGGGAAUACUGAACCGAUAAUAUUGAUCGAAAUUCGUCCGAAUCAAAUGAACCAAUAGUCUUCUAUAAUCUUUGGAAUAUAGGUGAUGUACCUUGUGCCUUACUCGGGGAAAGGGGUACCUAUUUAUAUUCCAGACUAGCUAGAGUAACCUCUUUCCUACUUAUUCAAAAGGGCAACUGACCACAGGCUUACUCUCCUUUUUCUGCAAUUUCGACCUUAAAUAUGAAAUUCUCAUUGCAUUCUCUUUGCAAUUCUUACCCUGUAGUCUAGCUUUUACCAUUCAGAUUCACAAAAAGUCAGAGUUUAGUGAAUAACCCUGUUUAUUUUCCUUAGUUAUUAACAGAAUUUUUGUUUAAAAGGACACUAUAGUCACCAAAGUAACUUUAGCUUAAUGCAGCAGCUUUUGUGUAUAGAUCAUGCCUCUGAAGUCUCACUGCUCAAUUCUCUGCCAUUUAGGAGUUAAAUCACUUUUGUUUCUGUUAAUGCUCCCUCCCCUGGCUUUGACUGAUCCAGCCUGCAUAAAAACAAUAUGGUUUAAUUUUUUCAUCAGAUGUAACUUAUUUUAAAUCUCCUGCUCUGUAAAUUGAACUUUAAUUACAUGCAGUAGGCUCCCAAAGGGUCCAGCAAGCUAUUAAUAGGAAAGGAGAUAAGAAACUCUAAAUUAAACAGAAUUUGCCAAACAGGAAGUGUAAACAUUAGAUGACUCUUUACAGGAAGUGUUUAGGAAGACUGUGCAAGUCACAUGCAGGGAGGUGUGACUAGGGCUGCAUAAACAAAGUGAUCUAUACACCUAAACUCCUUCAUUAAGCUAAAGUUGUUUUGGUGACUACAGUGUCCCUUUAACUAUAUCUGCAUCAAAAUAGCAGGUGAACAACUAAGAGAAGUUAUAUAUUUACUUUUUCCUGUGUCCCUUUGCUCCCAGUAAUUUGUAUUAACCUAAUUCUCGUUUCCUGAGGGAAACAAUGGCCCCCUUACUAAGCAUUCUUCACACUGCCACCUAGUGUUCAUUUUGUGUCCCUUCUAUCAGCCUUCCCUUGUGUAGUUUUGUCUCUCAUUGGCUUUAUACAUAGGCCAGGGUUGGUGAACACUUGGUACCAGGAGCACUUUCUGCAAUAUUAAAGGAACACUAUACAUGCUAAAAACAGCUUAAUGUAGUGAUUCUAUAGUAAAGAGAUUGUUUCUGCAGCCUACGCACUGUAAACGCUGCCUUUUCUGAGAAAAGACAACGUUUACAGUGCUGCCUGAUGUCACUAUAGUGGCUUCCUGGGUUCGGUCCUGGAAAGACUGCAGGACUGACAUUCAGUGUGUUCACACUCUGCAUGAGACGCUGUACGCUCCCCAUUGAGAUGCAUUGACUGCUCUAUGAAGCAUUGGAUUGGUGGAAAUUACUAGCACAGAGACUGGCUCAGUAAGGUAAGUGAAAUGUUUUAUUUUAUUCAUUGGGGGGAGGGGAGAGAAUAAUCUAAAUUGUUAUGAACACGUGUUUUUAUUCCUAUAGUGUUCCUUUAAGGUGGAGAUUAUUGAGUGCCGGGGAGUGGCGCUGUACUCAGCAUGUAAUGGCACACUGUUAGAGCGGUGUCCCUAAAGUUUUGUUAGCAAAAAAAAAAAUAUGUUUACAUGAUUCCUACAGAGUGGGGGAAAAACCCCAACAAAUUUGCAGGAUUUCAUUUUUUUUCUCUUCCCUAGCCAUGGUGAAGAUGAUUGUGUCUAUAGAUUAUUUGAAAACACUUCGUCUAAUGAUUGAAAGCUCCCUAUCUGCUGUUGCUGCUGCAGAACAUCUCGGAUAAUCCAUGUUCAAUUCUUGGAGAGUGUUCAUGUGUAAAGGUGUUGAAAUAGAUGAUAAGAUGCUAAGUGCCCACUGUCCCCUGUAAUCUCACACAUAUACAUGUUCACACGGGCUACAGUAAAAUAAAACAUUUUUUUUUUAAUAAAGGGUUGAUUAACUAUUGCUUUAUGUAACAAUUUGCUUCUAUAGACAAAACUUAAUGUACUGCAGAGUACAUUGAUUAGAGUACUAGAAUGGCACACAAUGUAUCGCAAUGCUAUUUUGAAGUAAAAUGCAAUAUAAGAUACAACCACAAGGUGGCAGUAAGACACUGUAUAAAAGAUUAAUGUAAAUGAAACCUUUAGGAAACAUAUUACAUGCAUAUCAUACAGUUACCAGAAUAAACAUAUUGAAUUUUAAACUGUGAUAGAGCAAGAUAAAUUAAUGAUUGAUUGUUAAAUGAUAAAUUAAAUACCAAUUUCCAACUGGUUAACUGAAAGCAUUCUUACACAAUUAAUAAAGGAAGUUAUUAGUUAAAAUGACACUACAAACACAAAAACAACUUUAAUUAAGUGGUUUUGGUGUAUAGAUCAUGCCUCUGCAGCCUAAUUGCUAGAUUCUCUGCCAUUUAGGAGUUAAAUCCCUUUGUUUAUACAGCCCUAGCCACACCUCCCUGCAUGUGACUCACACAACUUUCCAAAACACUUCCUGUAAUGUGAGAUCUGAUGUUUAAACUUCCUUUGUUGCAAAUUAUGUUUAAUUCAGCAUUUAUUAUUUCCUUCUGUAAUAAUAGCCUGCUAGAGCGUAUAAGAUUCUACUAUGUGUGAUUAACAUUCAAUUAACAGAGCAGAAGAUAAGAACUUCUAAAGUAAAAACAUUGUGCUGUAAGAUCUGAUUCAAAAUGAAUUUUCUUUCAUGGAGGCGGUCUGUGUCCCAGCCAGGAAACGUGUGGCUAGGGCUGCAGAUAAAAAGGCAAUUUAACUCCUAAAUAGUUGAAAAUUGAGCAGUGAGGCUGCAUGGAGCACGAUCUUUGCCAGGGCUGUCCUACCUUAGGUGAUUCGAGGGAAGCAUUAAAAAAAACAAGAUUUAUCUCAGGGCGGCAUUCAAAGUUAUAAAUUCAUUACAUAUAGUUGUUAAUGAAGAGCAUUACAAUUUUUAUGAAUAAAAGACAACUGGUGACAAAUUUAAGCGUGUUUUGUGUGUUUGAAUGAAUGUAUGUAUUUGUGUGUUAUCUUGGCAUUUGAAUGCAGUUGUAUAUCUGUAUGUACUGUUACUAUUUGAAAGCAGUGAUGUACGUGUUCUUAGUGUUUGUGAGAGACAGACGGGUAAUAGAGUGACAUAGGGGUUGGUGGGACAAAGAGAGGGGUAAUAGAGAGACACGGGAGAAGGGGGACUCAGAGGCAGAUGGGGUAAUAGAGAGACACAGGGGAUCUGGGUACAAAGAGACAGAGGGGUAAGAGAGAGACACAGGGAGGAGAUGUGGGAAGAGAGACACAGGGAGGAGAUGGGGAAGAGAGACACACAGAAGGUUUGUUGGGGGGACAAAGAGACAUACAGUAGGGAAGGGGAACAAAGUGACACAAGAUUUGUGGGAGGCAACGCUGGGCUGGGGAAAAAGAGACAGAGUGGCUGGGAGAAGAGAAAGAGGCACACAAGUCUGGAGUUAGAAAGAGACACACAGAUGAGAUUUGGAAGGGGAGAAAGAGACAAAGUGGCUGGGGGAAAGAGAAAUACAGAGGCUGGAGAAGAGGAAAAAGAAACACACAGGGACUGGGAUGAAGUAAAAGAUGCACAAGGGUCGCUGUAAGAGAAAAAAAGGAGAUAAUUGGAGACAAUAUAAACUAAAGAGGUAAAGGUAAUACCUCGGUUUCAGCACCUGGUGACUCUACUUGCCAGCAGCCCUGUCAUGGGUGUACUCUCGUGCAUGCAUAUGAGUAGAAGCUCAGGUCUCCCAAUUGUCCCGAUUUUGAGCAGGACAGUCCUGAUUUUUAGGUCCUGUCCCACAGUUCCCAAUGAGUUCUCUGGUGUCCCACUUUUGGGAAUUGUCCCCGAGAAGCACGAACAUAGAGCACUGAAACAGUGCUCCCUCAGUGGGAAUGAUGGACAGGCACCUGAACACAUUCACGCCUGGCUGACCUGACAAUGUUUUGGGCAGGUCCACCCCUUUCUGGGUGGAUCCACGCUUUUGACUAGUGCAAGUGACAUUAUCACAUCACUGGUCCACCCCCUUUCACUCCUCUUAUCACGAGUCACAGGACGCUGGAUUUUGGAGGUAUAGAAACAUGGGGUCUAUGUGAUGCCCCAGAGAUCUUUUAAUGCAAGUUCAAUGAGAUGCCAUAGGCAGGUUUUCUGGGUUAUCAUUAUUAUUAUCAUCGCCAUUUAUAUAGCGCCAACAGGUUCCGUAGUGCUUUACAAUAUUAUAAGAGGGGGGAUUUAACUGUAAAUUGGACAAUUACAAGAAAACUUACAGGAAUCAUAGGUUGAAGAGGACCCUGCUCAAACAAGCUUACAGUCUAUAGGAGGUGGGGGUUACAUCACAGGAUGCCUGUUCCCAUCACCGUAGGUGGAAAAAAGAAACAGGUUCUGGUCUCUUCACACAUUUUGACAAAAAUCAGAUUGUCUCUGCUUUGUCUUAUGACAUAGGUAGAUUUGAGGUCAGUCACAAAGAGAAUGUCCAGUGCCUGUUGGUUAAAAAGUAAAAUGUAAAGGUUGUAUUAGUUGCCUAGGGGACUACAUAAUGUGUAUAGUUUGUAUGCUCUAAUUUAAUGGUACCAGUAGCUGAUUAAUAUAUUAAUAGUGGAUUGCUAUAACUUCCUGGUACAUUAUGUCCACUGCUUGUAAACUAUUGCUAUCCGCUCCUGACAUCAUGCUUGAACACCAUGGAUUUUGUUAUAAAAUAUCAUUUUUUUUAAACAGUUUAUCAAAUAUGUAUCUUGGUUGUGACAGUGUAGUUUUGAUUCGUUUUAUCAUCUGAUUAUAAUUAUAUCUUAUUAACUUGAUGCAACAACUAGAGGGCAGCAAAGACCAGGAAAAAAUGGAAAAGGCCCCAUUAAACAAUUCUUUACAUUGCUAUCAUCAAACCAUAUGAGCAAGAAAUACACGCAAAAUCAGUGUGUUUUAUUUCUUCCAGAUCUUCAACAAAAAUAAAAUUCACUUCGUAUCUCCAUAGCAUUGAUGAAGGUUUUAGAAAAAUAAAAGAAAGGUUUAGGAGGUUAUUAAAGAUAUCAGGGGCAGUCCGCCUUCAUUUCGGCCUCAGUCUGUGCUCCAGCACAACACUCCCUUACUAUUAUCCAAAUAAAAAAAAAUUUUUUUUCAGAUUUUUACUAAACACAGAAAAUGCAGUUGAGUCUCUCGUUCUGUUAUUUUGGAAGACAGUGCAAACUCCUUCCAUUUCUCCUUGGCUGUCUAAGGUGGCCAUAACAGAGAAGUAUACCUGAUUAUGGUUCCCUUGGUUGGACUUCUUGUCCAGAUGCUAGGAUGAAGAGGGAGGAGGUGCUCUCACACUACCAUCAAAGCUGGUUUAGUUCUAGCCAGACCUGCUACUUGUAUAAAUUAGCAGCUCCUUCUAGUUACUGGGACUCUUUGAUUUUGUAUCAGCUGAGCUGAGAUGCUGCUAUCUUUGUCCCAACUGAUGGGUGGAGACUGGUCUUUAUGGCUGGCGCAGGGAAGUGUAUCAGAGUGUUGAAACUUUUUGCAAUGCUCUGAUACAGCAGAAGUAUCAGGCCAGUGAGGGAGAUUGGAUAGGGCAUCUACUCCGAUGGCCCCAAGGCGAGAGAAUGGGCUGGCUGGGAUCGGGAUUAUAAACAAUUUAUGGGAUAUCUUACUAAUGAAGUCACCCAGACCACUUCAUCUCAAUAGUAGGCUUAAAUGAACACUUGGGCAUCAUAACAGCUUCAUCUGAAUCAAGAUGUUACAUUGCUAAGAUAUUCCUGAUGCUGACUUACUUUCAAGAGUUAAACCAUUAAUGAGUGGUUUAACUCCAAUGUCCUGUGCAUAGGCGUGUGCAUGGGGUGUGCCGGAUGUGCCUGGGCACACUCUAAUCCUGCAGCACGCCCUAUUAAAGAUCUCCCUCACCGGCCCACAGGCAGGGAGGGAGGCAGGAGAGGACCCAGGGAGUUCUAGCCAGCAGCUCCGCUGGGUUCCUCUUGCGAGGUCGGAGCGUUGCCGCGGCCCACCAGGGAUGGCAGCAGCACGGUCCCCCCUCCCAGGCAAAAGGUAAGAAGGGAGGGGGGCUUUUUCCUAAACGGUCCUGCCCACCCCCACAGUCCUUCCAAACAAAUACACACAAACAGCACCCUCACACACACAGCACCCACACACACACAGCACCCACACACAUACAGCAUCCACACACAUACAGCACCCUUACACACACAGCCCGCUUAGACACACACAAACACACAGCACACACACACCCAUAAAACAUACAGCACCCUCACACACACAGCACCCUUACAAAUACACACAAAGCACACCCUCACACUAACAGCACCCUCACACACACAGCACCCACACACAUACAGCACCCACACACAUACAGCACCCUCACACACACACAGCGCACACACACACACUAACAGCCCUCUCACACUAACAACACCCUCACACUAACAGCACCCUCACACAUACAGCACCCUCACUCAUACACCCUCACACAUACAGCACUCACACACAUACAUCACCCUUACACACACAGCACCCUUACACAUGCACACACACUAACAGCACCCUCACACAUACAGCACCCUCACACACACAGCACCCUUACACACACACAGUGCCCACACAAACACACAGCACCCUCACACACACACACAGCAGUAUAUGUGUGUAUAUAUAUCUAUAUAUAUGCGGCGUCUGUGUUUGUGCUUUAGGGUGCACACCCUUAUGCAAUAGGCUGCCCACACCUAUGGUCCUGUGUCUGGCGUAGGUCAACUUUCAACUAUCAGUAGCUCCCCAUUCACAAAAUGGAGUCACAAUAGUAUUUACUUUCCCCAGUCCAUUUUGUGAAUAGGGCUAAUGAUAGGCCUCGGACUACAUCAAAAGGUUGGGGUCAGAGCAGACCAGCUUGGGGGGUUAAAAUGUUCACUAAUUUUUUGAGUCCUGAUGGUAGGGACUUUCUGCCACCAUAAAGACUUAAUUCUGAUGAAGUUGUUGUGGUGCCUAGAGUGUUUCUUACUUAAAGAAUGCAACUUGCAUGUGUUGUCCUGCUCUAAAUAGAUAUCUGUUUUUUAUUUGCGAGAGGUCUAUUAUUAUUUUAAGAGAAUAUCUGUUUGGUAAUCACUGAAUAAUAAAAAAAAAAGUUAAAAAAAGAACAGAUGAUAAAGUGAACGGUAGCAGAGGGACUGAGAUAGUCAAAUGUGCUUAUAUAGAGAAGGUGCACCCACACAGACUGAUUAUGCUGUGUACCCAAAUAAUUAUCACAUUAGCGAGAAAAUACAUAUGGUUGAUUGGCAACAAAACGUCUGUCAACUGAGCAAACAUGUCUUUAAUGGCAGUAAUGCUUCCAAGACCUGUACACAGUGAGAGAAUUCAACCUGGCCAAACUAUAUUUUACGUUCGGGACAGCCAACUUUCGUUGGUUCAGCUCUGCAGAAUGUCGGAACAGAGAUUCCAAUUCAGGAAGCGAAUCAGAAGAACAAAAAAGGCCUGCAAAUGGGCCAAUUUGUGUACUGCAAACUAUAUACCAAAUACAGUAUGUAGCGGAGAUGCAAUAUUACCCAGAUUAUCUCCGCUUAUAAUCCAAGUGGGACUCAGGAACAAGUAAAUAGUAAAUCCACAGGCAAGGUUUCCAGCAGGUAAAACACAGCAAUAUCCCAACAGCAAUCCCAAUAACUGGACGACACACAAUUUCAGGAGCAUAACUGACAAGCCUUUAAUCACAGUCUCCUUAUAAAGCAUGCUCCCAUGCAAGGGAGGGAUUUACAGUAAUUAUUACAGUAGCCAAUCCUGUCCUGGUAACCUCCCACCCAUCUCCUCCCCUCAGCCAGCAUCAUAAUCCCCUUAUCCAGCACACCAAUUCCCCCCGUUUCUGGAUGUACCCCUAAACGUAGGGGUACCUCUUUAAAUCCUACAUCCCCGGAUACCCCUGAUCUGGGUGAACAACAUAUCCAAAAAUCACCCAGAUCAGACCAGGGGUUCGGGAAAUGUAUGGAGGGAAUAAAAUGACCGACCGCACUAACUGAUAUAGCCGAAUAAGGUUCCAUGCGAAUGGGCCCUGCGGUCGGUCCUGGCAUAAGGGAACAAAAUACAUGAAAGCCUCUAGCUAUAGAGGCUAGGGAGGGUUCGCCUGAAUCCCCUCGUUCGGUAUUUUCUAUCUACCGAACGAGGGGCCGUUCGGUAGUUUGGAACCGAACGGACCAGGGCUGUGGAGGUCUCAGUGGUGUUCGCCUACUCGAGUGUCCGAUUUUAGUUCCAGACACUUGACGGGCAAAACACCGCUGUUCGGGAGUUUUAAAAUGGCCGCCGCCACGUGUUCGUUUGUCGAAUGGCGGCCACCCCCGAGAACAAAGGACGGCUACUUACUAUUCAAUUACCCGUUCGCAACAAUGUUGCAAUGGGUAAUUGAAGACACACUUCACACAGGGGAGGUCUGGUUGUUCGGUAGUUUCAUUCGAAUAAACUAAGGGAAUGAACCUACCGAACAACCAGAGGAAUACAAUUCUUUUUAAUACAUAGAAAAUACAGCAGAUACAUGAAUGCAGGUAAAAACAGUAUAUUUGUAGGGUCGCCUGGUGCUAUCCGCUACACAGUAUAAUAUAAUAUAAUGUAAUAUGAUAUAAUAAAUCUUUUGGCGGUGCACAUAUUGGCGCAUUUUCCUGCCAUUGGUUCAGAGAUCAAGCAAGAAAGUGUUACCAAUAGAGGGAAAAACCGUCGGAAAAUCUAUAGAGAAAUCUCUGUUUGUAUAUUAAUUAAAUAUACAAUACAUAAAUAAAUAUAGAUUUUUUUUUACUCUUUCUACUUUUUCACGUUUUUUUGGUCACUUCACAUUUAGUAAUUAUCCUCUAACCAUCAAUUCUGCCAGGCAGAAUCUAGAACCCCUUCUCAUCCCUCCUCGCCCUCCCCUCCCCCAACACAUGUAAGGGGAAGAUGUGGAAUUUGAAUGAACAUAGAAAUUGACAGCAUCUUCUAAGGGAAAUCUGUGUGACUCUCCUAUAGUCUACUUAGAUAAAGUACCUAGAUAUACAUAUUGAUAUUAGGAUAUCAGCAAAUCCAUUUUACUUCCUUUGAAAAUGCAGUGAAAGGGUUAACGUUGGCGCUAUCAUUUUUCUUCUUAAUUUUCUUUCUACGUUCCUGUCUUUUGCUGACAUUUAAUUUUUCUCUACAUUUGUCUCCCGGAGUGUUCACAGAGGCUUUUUAUUUAAAGAGAGUAACAUCAGUCUCCAUAUUUGAGUUUUUUAUUGUCAUUAUUUGUUUAGAGACUGACAGUUUCCUCCGAAGUUCUAUGAAAUAUCACACGACAGAGAGGCAGAGCAUUGACUGUGCUCAGAAUUAGUGCUGGCUGACAGUAGGUGCAGAGUAACAGUGAAGCCAGUAAGAGACAGGUUAUAUGUUUCAACUGGUGAAAUAUGGGGGAGGGGAUCAUUUCUAGCUCAGUAAUUUAAUUUAUGAAAUGGGGCAAUCUCCAUGGAAGCCAAUGGAAUGUUUACUUUAAUGUUAAUGGAUCCCUAGAGCCUUUGAUGGGCAGCCCCAUUCUCUGUAAACCCCCUGAAUUCUAAAUUGCGAAAUUGGAAAUCAGCCUAUAGGUUGGUAUGCCAUAAAUUAUUAUUGCCCCCGGGCAUCUGCUGGGUCCUGUAUUAAAAUAUUAUAAGCCAAUAAAUUUAGAAAUAAAAAAUAAAUACACGUUAUGGGCCAAAUUGGGAUUAACACCUUUAUUACACAUAAGGGCCCAGGUGAUGCCUAGUCUCCGGGCCACUAAGGGGUUAAUCCACUGGAGCCCCAAAACAGGACUAAUAAAAAUCUUUUAAACAGAUGAAAUGUUGAAAAUAAAAAAAGACCUGAAUCACAAAAAGUCUGCCGCAAUUGACAAAAUUCAUGUGAGCUGUUUUUCUGUUAAAAAUUAGUUUUUUAAAGGAGGGAAUAAUCCCACACCUUGAAUUCAGAUCACUAUGAUUGGUUGGUUUUGGAGCGCUGUGCCGCUUAAUAAAUCGAGGGGUUAUAUUUGCCAAAAAGAUCUACUGCAAAUUCUAAGAUUGAGUAUCGCUGGGGAAACGCAGCCAAAGUGUUAGGGGGCUAAUCAGGGAAGUUUUAACCAUGAGGCAAACAAGGCAUUUGCCUUGGGCGGCAUUUUCCAGGGGGCGGCAAAAAAAGCCGCCCCCAAAUGCCCAGGCAAAUAUCUGGCGGCUAACUGACAUGCCAGAGGGAGCACUUCCCCUGAGCUGUCUGCUGAGCUGUCUGACGUCAUAUUCCGGCUCCCAGCCUCACUCUGCGGGCGGCAUGUGAGAGAGCUGAGCAGAGAGAGCUCAGGAGAAGUGCUCCCUCGCCAGCCGCCGCCAGCCGCCGCCAGCACCGCCCGCCAGCGCCGCCCGCCCAGCAGCAACUGGACCCCCAGGGAGAAAGAGAACCACCCUCCCCCAGCAUUCCCAAAGGUAAGGAGGCUGGGGGGGGAUUAAAUAAAACAAAAAAAAGUGUUAAUGUGAGUGAGUGUGUGUGUAUUUCUGUUAGUGUGUCUGUUAGUGUGUGUGUGUGUGUUAGUGUGUGUCUGUUAGUGUGUGUGUGUCUGUUAGUGUGUGUCUGUGUGUGUCAGUGAGUGAGUGUGUCUGUUAGUGAGUGAGUGUGUGUCUGUUAGUGAGUGAGUGUGUCUGUUAGUGAGUGUGAGUGUAUCUGUUAGUGAGUGUGAGUGUAUCUGUUAGUGUGUGUCUGUUAGUGUGUGUGUGUCUGACUGCGUGUGUCUGUUAGUGUGUGUGUCUGACUGUGUGUCUGUUAGUGUGAGUGUCUGUUAGUGAGUGUGUGUCUGUUAGUGAGUGUGUGUUUGUCUGUUAGUGAGUGUGUCUGUUAGUGUGUGUGUGUGUGUGUUUCUGUUAGUGAGUGUGUGUUUCUGUUAGCUAGUGUAUGCAUAUCUGUCAAUUAAUGUGUGUGUGUGUAUUUAGAAGGCGGGAGGAAGGGUUGGUUGGGGGUGGUGCGGUGGGGGGGGGGCAAGGGGUGCGUCUGAGUUUUGUCCUGCCUAGGGCAGCACAAAACCAGGAUACACCACUGGGGCUAAUGCCGCAUGGUGCAGUGUUUUAACCCUAUAAGAUCUGUGAAGUAGUGUAGGUUCCGUUACGUUUUGGAUUCUGGUGGAUAUGGCAUUACUGAGACCCCAUAAUACCGGACUAGGAUGCCUUCUAACUGAAGUCUAGACCUUCCCAUCCAAACCUCAAUUCUAUCAAAGUCCCCCUGUUCACAAGGGAUGUUUUAUUUCCCUGUAUUCAGCAUGGGGUCCCCUCCCAGGUAUCAGUAGGUCAUAGCUCCAUGUCCUUAGAAUGGAUGUAAAGCACCAAGCAUGUUGUGCAUCACAUUGCUGCUUUCAUUGUUACAGUAUGUUUUGCAGUUUUAAUAGAACAAUGUUAAUGAUUAUAUGGAUACAUUCUUCUAACUGCAGCAUCAACGUCACUGGGGUGCAACAAUUUGAGAAAGGAGAGAAGUUCUCCCACCGAUGACAAUGAUAUUUCUUCCCAGAAUGGGUCCGGGAGCGGCUCUUAGAUAAAGAACUUUCCAUUAUGUGUGAUAGCAGGGAGUCAUUCUGAAAUAAUAUGACAUUAAUGAGCUCAAUUAAGGUCAUUAUUUUUGCAUAUGAUUACCAUAGUCAAUGAAGGAUUAACACAAGGGAGUUAAAGGAUUUUUCUAUUUCACACACUUUUUCUGGAUUAGUAAUAUUUAAAGGACCACGAUAGUCACCCAGACAACUUCAUCUCAAUCUCUGGGUGCGUUGGUUCUGUACAUUUAACCCUUGAAGGUAAAACAUUGGCAUUUACACAGCAUUUGGCAGCCACUCCAGGUGCCUCCGCUGUACUGACCGAGUAAAACUGUCACUUGACAUGGCAGCUCAUAACAAAGCAUUGGAUUUAAUGCUCUCCUGAAUGUGUGUGUGGCACUCACGGCGCAUACCCAACAGGUGCCCGAUGAUCCUCUAUGAGGAUUGGACCAUCACCAAGGAAGCCAAGACUCCUUGAUGGCAUUGCUGGCGGUCUAAAUCUAAAAGUCUCAGCGCUGGAAUAAGGUAUAAGUAAAAAGUGUACUUGAUAAAUUUUUAUGAUAAAUGGAAAGAACAUGGCACAACAGCAAACCUGCCAAGAGAUGGCCGCCCACCAAAACUCACGGACCGGGCAAGGAGGGCAUUAUUUAGAGAGGCAGCACAGAGACCUAAGGUAACCCUGGAGGAGCUGCAGAGGUCCGCAGCAGAGACUGGAGUAUCUGUACAUAGGAUGACAAUAAGCCGUACGCUCCAUAGAGUUGGGCUUUAUGGCAGAGUGGCCAGAAGAAAGCCAUUACUUUCAGCAAGAAACAAAAUGGCACAUUUUGAGUUUGCGAAAAGGCAUUUGGGAGACUCCCAAAAUGUAUGGAGAAAGGUGCUCUGGUCUGAUGAGACUAAAAUUGAACUUUUUGGCCAUAAAAGAAAACACUAUAUCUGGCGCAAACCCAACACAUCACAUCACCCAAAGAACACCAUCUGAUGUUUUUCAGCAGCCGGGACUGGGAAACUGGUCAGAGUUGAGGGAAAGAUGGAUGGUGCUAAAUACUGGGAUAUUCCUGAGCAAUACCUGUACCAAUCUGUGCGUGAUUUGAGGCUAAGAUGGAGGUUCGCCUUCCAGCAGGACAAUGACCCCAAACACAAUGCUAAAGCAACACUUGAGUGGUUUAAGGGGAAACAUGUAAAUGUGUUGGAAUGGCCUAGUCAAAGCCCAGACCUCAAUCCAAUAGAAAAUCUGUGGUCAGACUUAAAUUGCUGUUCACAAGCGCAAACCAUCCAACUUAAGGAGCUGGAGCAGUUUUGCAAGGAGGAAUGGGCAAAAAUCCCAGUGGUAAGAUGUGGCAAGCUAAUAGAGACUUAUCCAAAGCAACUUGGAGCUGUGAUUGCCGCAAAAGGUGGCUCUACAAAGUAUUGACUUCAGGGAGGUGAAUAGUUAUGCACAUUGACUUUUUCUGUUAUUUUGUCCUAUUUGUUGUUUGCUUCACAAUAACAAAAAAAAACAGCUUCAAAGUUGUGGUCAUGUUCUGUAACAAUGAUGCAAAUCCUCAAACAAUCCAUGUUAAUUCCAGGUUGUGAGGCAACAAAACACAAAAAAUGCCAAGGGGGUGAAUACUUUUGCAAAGCACUGUAUCUCUCCUCCCCUGCUAUCCUACAACGUGUCACCAAUUGCCUGUCUUCCAUCUCUGACUGGAUUACCUCCUGCUUUCUGAAACGAAAUCUCUCUAAAACUGAGAUCCUUAUCUUUCCUCCUCCUAAUACUGAUCCUCCUCUUUUGCUCUCCCUUCAAGUUAGUGGACCCCACAUCAGCCCAUCCUUGCAAGCAUGCUGUCUUGGAGUCGUACUUGACUCUGACCUCACAUCCUGUCUGUUAACAAAUACUGCUGAUUCCAGCUUAAAACCAUUGCCCGCAUCCACCCCUUUCUUACGCAUGAUACUACUAAGGAGCUUGUCCAUGCUCUAGUAAUCUCUCACGUGGAUUAUUGUAACCCUCUCCUAAUUGGUCUUCCCAGAAGACGCAUUGCCCCGCUACAGUCUGUAAUAAAUGCUGACGCCAGUCGCUCCUCUCACACCUCACCCCUCUGUCUGUCCUUACAUUGGCUUCCUGUAUUCUAUAGGAGUCAAUUCAAAGUGCUAACCCAUACCUAUAAAGCACUGACCAAUUCUAGCCCCUCUUAUAUCUCUUCACAGAUCGAUAGGUGUGCCCCUUUUUCGUCUCUCCGCUCUGUCUGUGACCUUCUCUUGUCUGCUGCUCACACCUGUACGGCCAACUCACGCUUGCAGGACUUCUCGCAGGCGGCUCCCUUCCUAUGGAAUAGCCUGCCUACAGCCAUCAGACUCCCCUAGUCUUUAAUUGUUUAAGAAGUGCCUCAAAACUCAUCUCUUUAGGAAAGCUUAUGGCCUCCCAGAGUAACCUCUACCUCACAUACCUCACCUCUCUUGCUCUCCCCUUCAGGAGAGAGCAAGAGAGGUGAGGUAUGUGCAGCACUCUACUCUCUCCUCCAGCUCUGCCUCACUCCCACCUUGUUUGAUUGCUAUCUCCAAUACUAUUGUGUUUUAUACCCCACCUCCUAUAGACUGUAAGCUCGUUUGAGCAGGGUCCUCUUCAACUUAUUGUUUCUGAAAUCGUUUGUCAUUGUCUCAUUUAUUGUUAAAUCUCCCCCUUUGAUAAUAUUGUAAAGUGCUACGAAAUAUAUAUACCUAUAUACACACUAUAUACCUGUAAACGGCAAUAAUAAUAAUAUAUAUAUCUUUUUUCUUCUAAUAGAUGUAAUUUAUUUACAUAUAUUUCUAUGACAUGUUGUAGAUAUUUAUAAUAUAUUUAUAUGAUAUUCUGCCGUAUGAUGUGUAGUGUUGGUCUGAUAUUAGGCGCUGGUUACAUUUAUUUCCCCCCAGUUUGAGAGCUGCCAGGCUGUCUCAGAGAUAAAAGCGUGUGUAUACAUAUAUCGAAAGAAAGAAAAAAAAGAUGAUUAUCAGUUUUUGCAGGAGACCUUUCAGCUCGGUAUGAUAAGGGCUCCCAUUCCAAACACUGCUGGGCUGUGGGUAAUAUAUCCAUUUGCCUUUUAUUGCCAGUCUAUUCUGUGUUACACAAUAGGCAGAAAUUAGAAGCCCACACAGAAGAAACAGUUGCUCGGAAAGUGACCUUUUGCUUUGUGCCACAUGUUUUAUCAGCCAAGUUAUAUUCCGUUCAUUGACAUUUUUUUUCUUUUCAAAUUAUCCAGUGGGUCUGUACAAAGCAUCUAUUGCAAUCACAUUCGUUCACCUGGGCUAGCUGGAAUAAUAACGGCCAAAAUAGUCCUUUCGACAGGUCGACCCAACGUGUGAAUUUAGAAUAGAGAAUCCUAAAAUCUGUAAAGGGUGAAUAAAAAGCAGACAUUGUAUCUUAUAAUUUUAUCGUAUCAUUCUCACUGUCUCUAUGACUUUGAAGCAGAAGAAAAAAAAAUGUGACCUGCAAGGUAAAGGUUUAAUGAGAUAUUACUGGAUUAUUCCAUUAGGUAAAUAGAAAUCCUCACGGAAGAAAAUUAUUUGCUUAUUCAAAUACGAAUGGCUAAAUUGCUGCGGAAAUAAGUCCUGCUGUCUGACUCAAACAGGACCACUGCACACGGUCUUAAAGGAAAAUUGUGGUCAAUGUUGUUUCUGUUAGAUAAAUUAUUCAUAUGACUCACAGAAGCAAUAUACACGGUAAUGCAAAAUAAAGAUAAUCUUCGGAACUAACUUAUUCAGCGUUAACUAGGUUUUAAGGGAAGGUAGCACACUCCUCCCCCACCACUUCCUGGUUUCUGACCUGCUAUUAGUGAAAAAAAUCAGUCAGUCACUGAACUGAGCACUUUUAUUGGUUCAUUGACAAAACAAAUCUCUUAAUGUAUCAAUAUCAGACACAGAAAAGCAAUAGAAAAUAGAUGGUUUAGAAAAUCUUGUCUUCCAAACAUUUAUAUUCUAUUCUAGGGGAAAGAUGGGUGGGUAGGUGUGACGAACCUCGUCACGGGCUCCUGGAGAAGCCUGCUAGCCAGCCUCCUGCCCCAGGAUUAUGGGCCAUGCAAAAUACACUGAAAAAGGACUUGGUUUGUGCAAUUUGGCUUAUAUUGUUCGGGAAUCGAAGAGCCGCACGAAACAGAGACCACCUGGGUGCUUGUUAAGCCCAAUUGAUACUUUGUAGCAAUUUCCACCGCAGUGUUCUAAGUGUUCAUCUGGGUAGCAUAAAUCUCAUGGAACUAAACUCCCGAACACAGCUGGACUUUCAUCAUCGCCUGCAUUCGGUUCUACCCCACUUAGAAAGGCACAGUUUGGUGGAAACGUUCCCACGAACAAGGGGAACAGGCUACACAAGUAACCUUUUGUGCUCCCGAAAAGAGACGACCGUUAGCCCUGAUUUCCUGGAUCUGUUUUGGGCAUAGGACCAUGUGCACUGUCGGUCAAAUAAUUGACUUCCAUGAAAAUCCCGAACCACUGAACCGACCUGGGUGAUUUUUGGAUAUGUUAGUCACCCAGAUCAGUGGGGUUUUCAUGUGUUUUGGUGGUGUUUUUGGGGUUUGUUAAAAAUGUUUUUGUAGCUGAGAGAUAAUUUAAUUAUAUGUUUGUGUGCUCAGGUAAUUAUCUCUCAGGCACAGGGGAGGAGAAUGUGGAAUGUUUGCUUGUAACUAGUUCCAUCUCAGGUCUAGAAGGGAAUGCCCCUGGAAUGUGAUUAAGGAAACCCCUUGCAUGGGGAGUUACAUAAAAGGCCAUGUGGCUCCCAUUAAACACAUUAGUUUUACCCCUUCGUGAAGUCUAGGCUCAUGUUUGUGGGAUUGGAGAGCUCUAAUCACUACUCUGCUGGAAACAGGAUAACUAUAACCACUGCAGCACUUGGGAAUCGGGAAACUACUAACGGAUAUACUCAGCUGGAGUAUAGGGGAUCCGUUACAGUGGGAAAACAUGUAACCAGAGCCUUUAUUUUGGUGAACUUUUAAAAUAUAUAAAAUUCAAUAUUUUACAUUUUAACCAUAAGGCGACCUUAGGCAGCUGCCUAUAGCCCAGGAACCAUGAAUUUUGCUGGCCCCAUUCACCAGAAUUCAUUCAGAAGAAUUAAGUGGGCCACAAAACUGUAACCUGCCUUGGGCCCUUUAACUUCUUAACACUUCUUCAAUUUCCCAAAACACAUUUUAUUGAAUAACGCUGCCAGAGUGAGGGUGAAGGUCACAAACGUGAUAGAACGUAGACUCCAAGCCGUGUGGUAGGUAAUUACGAGAAAGAGUGUUUGCAAAGUCCUGCGUCCCAAUCUAUAACUAUCCUGUGCAAAUACCUGGCUAAUUUUCUGUAUAUUGUGAAAUACGACCCCGGAGCUCUGCUCUCAAUAUUCCUAUAAAUAUAUUUAAUCGCUCGUUUUGCUCCUAUGGUUGCUGACAAGUCUAAUGUUUUAUCCGUUACAACUCCCAAGUCCCUUCUCUCAGAAAACAUCAAUAUCUUCACAUGAGAAUCUAAUUCCAGCUCUUAUUUAUUUAGUUAGUUACUUAUUUAUAUAUUUUUUCCCCCUUGAAUCGUGCUGCUGUUUGAAAAAUCAAAGGUUUCAGCCACUCUUUUAUGUGUACAUAUCCCUGAAUCUUGGUGAUAAAUCUGCAUGUUACUUUAUGUCACGUUUAUGUCAUGCUUUAUUAUAAAAUUAACUUAAAGAAACAAUCCAAUGGUAAAAAGAAACAUAUCUAUUUUUAAGGUUACAGUGUUCCUUACUGUGUUUAGAUUGCUGAUUCCACUCUUCUUAUACAACAACAAAAAAACACAACUUACCUGCAAUCCAGCUCUUGGACAGAAUCCUGGGUACGGCCACGUUGACGCAGAGGAAGACAUCAAUUCUGAAGACUUUUGUUCAAUCGAGUGCUUUUUAUAAAGAAGGAUUGGGAACGUAGGGCGCAUGCGGGCAAUAGUUAAACUCCGCCAUUAAAUGUUUCUUUUCUGGGAAGCCCUGGAGAUAUUUGGCAUCGUCAUACUGUAGAUGUCGUUUUUUACCUGCUCCUGGCUGUAAAUAACUUCAUAUAACUGUACCAUCUCCAUCUCUGUUCUUUAGGCCUCACCUCACUCUCCCAGAAACAACAAUACUGAAUCUCUCCAUUUUUUUCUCACCACUACCCACCCUCCACUCCUUCCACCCAGGUUCCUACUAAGUGUAAAUCAUGCUAUUCCAGCUAUUUUGAGAGUCUCACCUAAUUACCUCCUUUGCCCAUCUUAUCCCCUUUAUAUUUUACCAAUAGCUGCAUCUCUCUGUUAACUUCUUUUAGCCAUCACCUCCAAAUGCCCCCUGCUACCUCUUGUCUCAAAUCUCUGUUACAUCCUUUAGAUUGUAAGCUCAUGGGCUAUCUAGCUAAGCACUUUGUAUAAAAGAGCUUCAAUGGCUAGAUUUCAGCUUACGGGCAGGGCCCUCUCUACCUUUCGUAUUUGUCUGUGUAUGUUUUCUCUUAAUUGUACAGCAUUGCGGAAUUUGUUGGCGUUUAAUAAAUACCAUUAAUAAAUAACAAUAUUUACAAAGUUCCAUUCCAUCCUCCACAUAGUGAGAUUUAAUGACAGCCACACGUGUAGCGGCGGAACUGCCGCCGGUGCAGUUGCACCGGGGCCCGCACGCUGAUGGGGCCUAUCGGGUGGCCCACGCACUUAGGGACACCCGAUGGGCCCUAUACCUUCAGGGGCCCAGUCAGCGCUGUGGCCGUGCAAUAGCGUGACCGGGCCCCUUUAAAAAAUCUCAGCAGCAAAGUACUGCUGGGAGGAAGUGGCCGUCACUUCCUCCCAUCUCCCUCAGCGCCGUGCAAAAAAAGGUAAGACAAAUUAGCUGCAUUUGUGUAUGUUAGUAUGUAUCUAUGUCUGUAUAUAUGUCAGAAUGUAUGUAUGUAUGUCAGUAUGUCUGUAUGUAUGUUAGUAUGUCUGUAUGUAUGUCAGAAUGUAUGAAUGUAUGUCAGAAUGUAUGUAUGUAUGUAUGUAUGUCAGUAUGUCUGUAUGUAUGUCAGAAUGUCUGAAUGUAUGUCAGAAUGUUUGUAUGUAUGUCAGAAUGUAUGUAUGUAUGUCAGUAUGUAUGUCUGUGUGUUUAAGUCAGUAUGUGUAUGUUUGCAUGUCUGUCUAUGUGUAUGUAUCUGUAUGUAUUUCAAUAUGUAUGUAUAUGUCUGUGUCUGUCUGUUUAUAUAUGUAUGUAUGUCAGUAUGUGUGUGUGUGUGUGUGUAUUUAUGUCCUUAUGUGUGUGUGCAGUGUGCAUAGGAAUUUGUUCAUAUUGUUUAUUGUCCGGCCCACAACAGUGUCUGAGGGACUGUGAACUGGCCCCUUGUUUAAAAAGUUCGAGGACCCUGCCCCCUUGUUUAAAACGUUUGAGGACCCCUGUCAUUAUGUAUGUAUGUUAUUAUGAAUGUAUGUCUGUAUCUAUGCAUGUAUGUCAGUAUGAAUGUAUGUCUGCAUGUCAUUAUGAAUGUAUGUCUGUGUGUAUGUGUGUAUGGAUGUCAGUAUAUAUGAAUGUAUGUAGUAUGUAUCUAUGUCAGAAUGUAUGUCAGAAUGUAUGUAUGUAUGUUAGUAUGUCUGUAUGUAUGUUAGUAUGUCUGUAUGUAUGUCAGAAUGUAUGUCAGUAUGUCUGUAUGUAUGUCAGAAUGUAUGUAUGUAUGUAUGUCAGUAUGUCAGUAUGUCUGAAUGUAUGUCAGAAUGUCUAAAUGUAUGUCAGAAUGUAUGUCAGUAUGUCUCUAUGUAUGUCAGUAUGUCUGUGUGUAUGUCAGUAUGUCUGUGUGUAUGUAUGUCGGUGUAUGUCGGUGUAUGUCCUCAUGCAUGUGUGUCUGUAUGUAUGUUAGUAUGUGUCUAUCUGUCACUAUGUAUGCCUGUGUGUCUGUAUAUGUGUGUAUGUCUCAGUAUGUGUGUGUCAGUACGUAUGCCUAUAUGCGUGUAUGUCUGUUUCAGUAUGUGUGUCUGUUAGUAUGUAUCUUUGUGUGUGUGUGUAUCUGUGUCCUUUUGUAUCAGUGUGUGUUUUUGUGUCUGUGUGUGGAUUCCUGUGGGCGGGAUAUGGAGGCGGACCCUGUGGGCGGGAUUGAAGGCGGGCCCCAGGGGGCCUAGACCCUGAGCUGAGUUAGGGGCCCCAAAAUUUCUGGUGGCAGCCCUGUUGAGAUUUAUUAACUCUUUAUAUAUUUUAUAUAAAGAUCUUAACAAAGAUGGUUUACCAUUCCGUCAUUGCUGGACAGAUUGGACAUCAGUGUUGUGUACAUUUCGUUAGUUGUUUUGUUAUUUAUUAUUCAUUUUAUUACUUUUAUAUUUUCACUGGAAGUCCAUUCUAGGUACAAACUACUCUUUCAGUAAAAUAGAAUUUCUUCAGAAUGCUCACACUUCCACCUCCAAACCAUGCAGCACACGUCUCAAUAUUCCAGCUAUACUGUAUUCAUUCUCAUUGUCUUCUUGAAUCCCUGUUAUGCAAGCGAACUUCUAUCUGCCAAAAUAUACAUUAUUUUUCCUUUUACUGUGUCACAAGCACCGCUUUCAAACCACAUCUCACCUGCACACAGACAGCCCGCUUGCUCAGCUCCCCUUGAUAAUAUCUAACGUUUGAGAUGUUUUGACAGCUGUAUCAAACAGAACCUCACUCCCUCUUUUCUAUUCCUCUCUUUUCUUUUGUUGCACAAUCGAUUUAAAUGCUUUUCACUUUCUCAUUUUAUUUUCCUCUUUUGUUCCGUCCUACGGGUUAAGACAUUUUUUCUUUUUUGUUUUUUCUCUCUAUUAAAUCAGAGCGGGCUUCAUCAAUAACUUAUGGUCUGCAAGACCUCGGAUCUGGAGGUGAUAUUAAAGGCAAAAAGGCUGAGAUUGCUUCAAUUAUAUAAACAAAGGCAGCGGUCGGAUACCAUGUGUUUUUAAAAAUAAACGAAACAUGUUCCUGUCAUCCGUUAAAUAUUGGACUAUGAAAUUGUUCUUCAGAAACACACUUUUUGUUGCCCUUUAUCCUCCUACAAUAUUAGGUGCAAAUUAUAAAGUUGCUUUUCACUUAGUCAUGUUUGCCACUGAUUACAGCUUCUCAAAUUAUUAUUUUCAGAUUUUUUAUUUUUAUUUUUUUUUUUUAGCAUGGCGGAUUUUUCUUAAGAGGGAUCACAGGGGUAGGUGCAGUUUAUCGCAAACAUGUCUGAAAAAAACUUUAGUAUGAAAAUUUCUGCUUGAUUGACUACAGUGGAUGAGGGAAAAUUAUCAUUUUAUUAAUAAAAAUUAUUUUGGAUUCUGGAUCAUGGAACUCUAAUUAAUUAAAGUUAAAAAAAAAAGCCUUCACUUCUGAAUUUCUUUUGUUGCAAAUCUGCAAUGUUUUCAUGGGACUUGAGAUUUCUCAUCCAAUCCUAGUCCUCCAGUUGCUCUCAAUGGGAGAACGAGGCUUGCCCCACAAACAACUACUUAUCUCGCAUUCACGGGACAUGGAAUUAGGCACUAAUAGUCUAAUGUAAGCACUUGCAAGUAGUUUUUUUCAUGAAUGAAAAUAAUUAUUUGCCAUCUGAUUGACUCAGCAGCACAAAGUCUGCUAGCUUGCAGAAUUGUCUUGUUUGUGCAAUGUGGCAAACCCUGCCACUUGAACUAAUCAUUCUAUGCGAAUGGGUGAAUUUCACCAAGUGAAUAACUACACGAAUUGACUUUAAUGUUAUUUUACUGUUUUUAUGCGAAUGCCCGAAACUACCGAACGGGAGACCACCCCGGGGUGGUCGUGUUUUUCCAAUUAUCUGAGCGAUACAAUGUUGCGAAGGGAAUUAAGUACCUGUAUGUGGCCGCCAUUUCGCCUACCGAACACGUGGCGGCGGCCAUCUUACGCACGAACAGCGGUACUUGGUUGUCGAACGCCUGGAAUUCAAGCCGGGCAUUCGACUAACCAAGCACCGCUAAGACCUCCAGCAUGCUCCGACAGCACAUAUCAAACACACGAAUGCCCUGGCGUUCACUAGAUAGAUUACCCUAAAUGAGGGGAUUCAUACGAAUGCUAGCAGUCGCAUGGAUGGCUAAGCUGUUCGGUAUUUUUGAUUCACUAAAAUAGACCGUCCGCAGAGCCAGAAUUCAUGGAAAUGUUUUCGGCUACUGAAUCCCUGCGGUCGGUCAAAUCUUUAACUGUCUGUAACUCUCGAACCCCUGGUCCGAUCUGGCUGAAUUUCGAGUAUGUUGCUCAUCCAGAUCAGACCUACCAGGGGACCCCUUAUUUUUCCCUAUACCCCCUGUAUUUAGGGGACAUCCAGAAAGUGGGGAAAACUCUGUCCCCACUAAUCUGUUUAAGUGCUAAUCUAAGGGGAGGAGAGGGAUGGGAGGUGACCGUGUUACAAUUGGCUACUGUAAUAAUUAUGAAAGUUACCUCCCUUGCAUGGGAGAAAUGCAUAAAAGCAGACCUGUGAAUAAAGCUUUCAGUUGACUCCCAGACUAUGUGUCGUCUAGUCCUUGGGGAGGUGGAUUAUGCUGUGUUCCUGUGACUUUGUAUGCUGAAUCUUUGUUCCCAGCGGAGAGCUAUUGGAUUAACCCCUGCCCCUCCGCUACAUGCAAUGAGCACAAAUAAUUUCCAUUGGUUUCAAGGUGACUCCACCAGAUCUACCCUGUUCUGUCUUAUUAGAGAUUUUGCCUUUUUGUAGAAAGCAGCAAAGUGAAUUGUUAGUGGAGGACUCACCUGCACUAAAAGGUUGCAUUGACGGGUCAGGUGAGCUUGCAUGUUAAUGGCCAUUGGGGUAAUAGUAAAACCCCCCAGUUAUUUAAAUGUGCGUAGAGAUUUGGGAUACUGUGAAGCUAACUUGUUUGUCUUUUUGUUCUAUGCAUUUGGGCAGCCAUUUCACAUAGAGUCAUGCAGAUUGUGAGGGCAUUGCAGAGGUACUUACCUGGUUCCCGAGCCAGGUGAACCACCGAAUGAGCCGCACGCCGAAAGUAAAAAUGUAAUAACAGUUUGUGUGGCCUGAAUUCCAGUGAGGAGAACGCUGCUCACAUUCGGGGUUUGUUCUUAAAGAUGCAACGGGGCAUCAUGUCACUUCUUGGUUCCAGACAAGAUAGCUACGAUAUAUCCUGGUGAACUAAAUAAUGGCUUUAGAUGUGGAAACCCUAAUGGUCAUCAUUUACACAUUGCCCACUAAUUGCUCCUCUUUGAAGGAAUCUUGCAAAGUUAAUAAAAAUUUGAUAGAUAUCGAGCUUUUUAGUAGACCAGAGGAAUUAUUACUCCAUUUAGGAUUCCCAAAUAUGACUAAAGAUAAAUAUAGACUUAUAUUAAAUAUACUAGUAGCUGUUAAAAACAUGAUCACUAAGAACUGGAACGAAAAACCCUUGUUCUAAAUAAAAAAAAAUUAUUAAAGCAAACACUAGAACAAUGUAGGAGUGGAAAAAUAGAGCCGGUCUUGCAAGUUAUAGAAAUAAAAAUGUAGAGAAAUUCCGAACUGCGGAUUAAAAAUAUCGAAAAAAUCCGCAGGACAGGAAUAUAGGACUUCCCAGAGGGACUGUAGGUGGUCGAAUUGUUUCAUGGUAGGUGUUUUGAUUGUUAUGCUUUAUGUUAUGCUGUUAAUCUUUUAAAGUAUGACGUACUCUCAGUCAAUGAAUGGCCGGCAGGAUUGACUUGGAUAUCAGAAGUUGGAUGCCAUUAAAGGACAUAGAGGAAGCUCGGAUCCCAUUGGAACCCAAUUAAUAGGACAAACCAUUGCAAAAAGGGAGAGGGUACUCCUACCCCCUGAACCACUACAGUGACCUGUAAUGGUGAUGUUUAGAGUAAAAUUUUAGAGUUUCCAUAGGACACUAAUAGUUUUUGCAUUACAGACAUGGUUACACCACUUACAAACUCAGAAAUAUAGUAUCCUCUUGAAAGGAGCAUAGCUUAAAUGAACACUAUAGGGUCAGGAAUACAAACAUCUAUUCCUGAUCCUAUUGUAUUAAAAACAUUAUCAGACCCCCCUGACCCACCUUUACCCUCCUAAGAAUAGUAAAAUCAUACUUUUAUUCAAGUCUGCUGCUGCUGGCUCUGCCCCUGAUCUGCCCGCUUGGCUGACAUCAUCAAAAGUGGUGUCCUGAACCAAUAACAAAGCUUUCCCAUAGAAAAGCAUUGGAUUGACUGAGAGUGUCAAGGAGGCAGAUCAGGGGCAGAACCAGCACAAGCCAAACACAGCCCUAGCCAAUCAGCAUCUCCUCAUAGAGAUUAAUUGAGGAAAGUUCAGUGUCUCCAUGGAGAGGGUGGAGACACUCAAUGUCAGUCACACUGUGCAGCACUUCCCCAGGAAGCACAUCUAGCAACCAUCUAAAGAGUGGCCAGUAGAGUUAUCACAAGGCUGUAAUGUAAACACUGCAUUUUCUCUGAAAAGACAGUGUUUACUGCAAAAAGCCUGAAGGGACUGAUUAUACUCAACAGAACAAAUACAAUAAGCUGUAGUUGUUCUGGUGACUAUCGUGUCCCUUUAAUGUACGACAGCUGUGAGUGAAUGGUUAACUAACUCCCAACACUCUUGAUAAGCUUCCCAUUUCUCUUAACAUUGAAUCUUUCAAUAAAUGAGAAAUAUGUUUGUUCCUUUACAGACUAUUAGUUCACACAUCCAUCAUUUUUCACUCCUUCCACUUGAUUACAAUCUUUCUUUAUACAUCCUCUUAAAUAUGUAUAAGACACUGUUACUUAUCUUGUUUACAGGGUGCAGUCCUUCACAUCUAUUUCUAUCAUGGGCCAAGCUUAUUUAUGGUAAUUUUCCAGAAUCUAUUGCAGCCCGUUUAAUUUAAAUGAAUACGGCGACACUUAGCCCUUAAUAUAUGGUACUCUCUGCCCUUGUACCCACGAGUAAUGCUAUGUAUUUAUGAUGAGCUAUCUGUUUUAUGAUAGUAAACAGUAUUAAGAUUUAUUUCUCGGGAGAAAGGGAAACUGACAGAAGCACCCUAUAGCGUCUUUCUAAUUACAUUAAAAAAAUAAAAUAGAUUGCAUUAAGGGAUUAAAGGAACUGGUUUAAAUUAAAUGUCCUGCUGAUUAAAGGAAAUAAGAAAGAGAGUAAAUAACGUAUGCAAAGCGUUCGCAUUAUUACCGAAAUUAACAAAAUGAAUAAAUGUAAUAAUUGAGAAUGAAUGAAAACACAAAGAAAGGGGAGGAACUCAGCAUUCCCGCAGUACUCAGGGAUAACUCUACUUUCUGAUUACCAGAACUGUCUUCCUAUAGAAUUGUAUUUUAACAGAAAUCAGUCGCACUCAGCUCACACAGAUAACUUCAAUAAUCGGAGGGUAAAACAAAAACAUUUAUUGCAAGAAAUCUAGCAGAUCUAAAUACAUAAAGCAAUGCCGUCCCAAAAUCAACACAAUAUCCAUUGUCUACUUACUUGUAUCACAUUGGUACUUAAAGGAUUACUCCGAACACCAUAAUCACUGUAGCCCGCUGUAGUUGUUUUGAUACCCAGAGUACUCUGACCCCAUUGGAAGGUAUUGGGGCAAACUGUUUUGUAAUUUUUUGCCCUCUUACUUGGGUCUUCACCGGGCGCCAUGGAUCCUUCCUCCUCUGAAGACACGAAUCCGCAUUCUGCAGAGCCGGAGAAGCUGGAUGCUGAGGCUGUCCCCAUUCGUUGGCUGAGAAUGUCAGCUGAUCACUUUCCACCAAUGAAUGAAAUUCUGUGUAUAGGAAUUUGCACAGAAUUGACGUUAGCCAGCCUGAGACUCUAGUUCCAAGGUGGCCGAGGAAGCAUCCAUAACGCUUUUAGAGGUGGAGUUAUAAGUCCAGCAGGAGAGGGAUUAAACUCUGUAUUUGAUACAAACAUUUUAUUGGGCUCUGGUUUGGGUGCUGUGGCUUCCUACCUGUUUAAAUACAUACGCGCUAGAGACCAAGCUCACAUAUAUUCUUUAAAAAAAAAAAUGUAAUUUCUUUAUUUUUGCAAUGACAGAAAUUGCGGUAUAUUAAGAAUACAAAGGCUUGUGCAAAAGCCAAGUCAUGUUUUAUACAGCAUUGCCGUUAUGUUACAGAAAGUUAAAGCUUGUAAUGUUAAAGCAUGUAUUAUGUCAGACAGUGUUAAUUGGCAUGAUCACAAUUUGUCAAGGGUUUUACAUUUUUAUAAUAAAGAGAAAAAAUCUAUAAAAACAAACAAAAAACAUUAAGAGUUAACAUAAAAUAACCGAAUUACAUUGCUGAUAUAUGUCGGAGCGGUGUAAGCCAUAAGCCUGAUUGUUAAGCCUGCUGCUUGGUUGCUCCCGUAAUAGGGGGUGGAGAUCUCCGUGUCCCUACCUUCCCCCCUGCACACCGAGAGUCCACCAGCCAGGGCUCUUUUAUGGGCUAUGAGCCGUGACCCCAACUGGAAUUCCACCGAGAGAGCCCGAGACGCGGAGUGGCGGGAGGUUUCAUUCAUCAUACAACUCAAAACUGUACAUCCUAUGCGAGAAGCAGAGAACGAGGCUCAUAUAAUGGUUUAACAGUCAUCGGGGUAUAGUGUUGUGGUCCUACGAGUUUCAGCUUGUUACAUUUAGUUUAUAUCUUACAUUAAAUAAGUUUAGGUAUCUUACAUAAACUUUUAACCGGUAGCUCGCAUAUAUUCUGAUCUGUUUUUGAUACAUUUCAACGCAAAAUAUGCAAAUAUGACAGAGCUGCUUUAAACACACUCACUCUUUCUGACCCAUACACUCACUCAACAGACAUCCAGACACACACCUCCCACUCAUAAUAUUCUGAAGAGUGUUUUGAAGCUCCUUGCCAUCCCACCCAUGCUAGUAACCGGGUGGACAAUUUUCACCAGACCCAUGCAGCCCUUCCGUGGUGACCAAUCUGUGCAACUUCAGCAACAUGUCUGAAAAUCACAUUAUCAAAGGAAUCUUCAUUCUCCACACACAGCUUGGUAUUAUUGUAUUCAUUAUAAUAUAUAAUAAAAUUCAUAAUAAAAAAAAAAUAUAUAAAAAUUAAAACCUUAAAACAAAACAUGAAAUGUACCGUGGCUCAAGAAAUAAGUAUACAGUUACAUUUUGACUUUUUAAAUACUGCUCCUCCAUGUUAUUGACUAGAUUUGGAUGCUUAAAAAUUACAGUAAUUAAAGGGACACUAUAGUCACCAGAACAACUACAGCUUAUUGAAUUUGUUCUGGUGAGUAGAAUCAUUCCCUUCAGGCUUUUUGCUGUAAACACUGUCUUUUCAGAGAAAAUGCAGUGUUUACAUUACAGCCUAGUGAUAACUUCACUGGCCACUCCUCAGAUGGCUGUUAGAGAUCCUUCCUGGGUCAUGGCUGCCUAAAAUGCAUCCAAACAUUUAGUGUCUCCUCCCUCUGCAUGCAGACACUGAACUUUCCUCAUAGAGAUACAUUGAUUCAAUUCAUCUCUAUGAGAAGAUGCUGAUUGGCCAGGGCUGUGUUUGAAUCAUGCUGGCUCUGCCCCUGAUCUGCUUCUUUGUCAGUCUCGGCCAAUCCUAUGGGGAAGCAUUGUGAUUGGAUCAGGCUACCACUUCUGAUGAUGUCAGCAGGCAGUGGGCAGGUCUAAAGGAAACAGAGCAAGAGCUAGCUGCUCCAGACUUGAAUACAGUAAGAUUUUGCUAUAUUUAUGGAGGCAUGAGGGGCCCAGGGGGGCUAGAUGGUGUUUUUAACACUAUAGGGUCAGGAAUAUAUGUUUGUGUUCCUGACCCUAUAGUGCUCCUUUAAUUAUAUAGAAAGUGUUGCACUAUAUAAUAAUAUCUCACUUAAAGGAACACUAAAGGCAGCCAGAUCACUCCAAUUCAAUGAAGUGUUCUCAGUUCCACGCUCCGUUUUAACCCACAAUGCAAAAAAAGCCUUGCUGUUUAGUAGAUGUUUGCAUUGCAGAGAUAAGUACACCUCUAGUGGCUGUUUAGCUAAAAUGUUCCUUUUAUGUACUCGUAUUCAGUACCUCAAUAUUUCCUUGAGCCAGGGACGUUUUAGCCGCGAGGCAAACAAGGCAUUUGCCUUGGGCGGCAUUUUCCAGGGGGCGGCAAAAAAAGCCGCCCCCAAAUGCCCAGGCAAAUGUCUUGUUAGCCUUGCGGCUAACUGACAUGCCAGACGGGCGGUGCUGGCGGGCGGCUGGCGAGGGAGCACUUCCCCUGAGCUGUCUGCCCAGCUCCCUUGCGCGUCGCCCGCAGAGUGAGGCUGGGAGCCGGAAUAUGAUGUCAUAUUCCGGCUCCCAGCCUCACUCUGUGGGCGGCGCGUGAGGGAGCUGAGCAGAGAGAGCUCAGGGGAAGUGCUCCCUCGCCAGCCGCCCGCCAGCGCCACCCGUCUGGCAGCCAUUGGACCCCCAGAGAGAAAGAGAACCCCCCCACCAGCAUUCCCAAAGGUAAGGAGGCUGGGGGGGUUAAAUUAAAAAUAAAAGUGUUAAUGUGAGUGAGUGUGUGUGUGUGUCUGUUAGUGUGUGUCUCUGUGUGUGUGUGUGUGUCUGUUAGUGAGUGAGUGUGUGUCUGUUAGUGUGUGUGUGUGUCUGUUAGUGUGUGAGUGUCUGAUAGUGUGUGUGUCUGUUAGUGCGUGUGUCUGUUAGUGUGUGUGUGUUUGUUAGUGAGUGUGUGUCUGUUAGUGUGUGUGUGUGUGUUUCUGUUAGCGAGUGUGUGUUUCUGUUAGCUAGUGUAUGCGUAUCUGUCAGUGAAUGUGUGUGUGUGUAUUUAGAAGGCGGGGCGGGUGAAGGGUUGGGUGGGGGUGGCCCGGGGGGCAGAAGGGGAAGGGGGGCGUCUGAGUUUUGUCCUGCCUAGGGCAGCACAAAACCAGGAUACACCACUGCCUUGAGCAGUGACUAUCAGCAGUUCAAUUAAAAUCUAUUAAAGUACUUUUAGACCUGAUGGAAACAGGGUCAAAUAAAUAAAUGCAUUUUUUAUUUCUUUUUUACAUUGGACCUGUUCUCACAAAGGUUUCAGAUUCAAACGAAGAUUAAAUAGAAAUGAGAACAUAAAAGGGAAGGUAAUUUUAUUCAUGUGUUUUCGAUUUUCUUAUUUCUUUAUGUUUCUCAGUGUUCAUGUUAGUGUCCCGUGUUAGUUGAUGCUUAGAACCUCAGCAAUAUAGAAUGUAUAGAAAAUUAUUUCUUGCAAGUUUGUAAAUCAUAAAAACAUUGAUCCUUCAUGACUGAGAUAAAACAGCCUUAAAAAAAAUGGCCAGUUAUUUUCAAGUUGGGUGCUUUGACCCAUUUUAACCAGCCAAAAAUUGGAAGGAGAUUGGAUGAUUUCAUAUUUUCGUCAAUUGAGUCUAGAACAUCCCCCACCAUGUCUUAUCUAAGAAUCUCUUGGUUAGUAGGCAGUUAUGGAAUAUUAGCAGCUCGAAUCUUGACAUUUGAGGUUUACUUAGAUUAAAUAUUUCUCAGGACCAGACUAUACACAGCCACCACGUUGUAGUUCUGCCUUUAUUUUGUAAUCUGUGAUUUAAUGAGUCACAUUCUUUGUAUUCAUCAGUUUUUAAAAACGUUUCACCGUUCGACUCUAACAAUAACCUGGGGCGCCAUGGUUUCUCUUGAGAUCAUUAUUGAUACGGAACAGCACCAGCGAUGCAAAGCUUUUCAUAAGCCGACAAAUUAGAUAAGGUCAAUGGGAUCUAUAAGAAUCUAAUCAGAAGAAGACAUACCAUUUUAAUGCUGGAAUACGUGAGAUUGUCUCCCGGUUACAGAUUAACUCCUACUUUACCAAACCUUUGUUGGAAACUCGGCAUACAAAACAUGUAAUAGACAAAUCUGCAUCCAGUUUAACGGGAAUAGAAAGAUGGAUAGAGAUAUAGAUAGAUAGAUAGGUAGAUAGAUAGGUGAACUGACAUUGGCUUUGGAGACUGAGAAACUAUGUACACAAAUCUCAUUUCAAAGCCAAAAACAGAUGACCUUGGUGAGAUAAUGUGUCCUUCACUGUCAUCAUUUGCCAAAAUAUCUAGUUGCUUUGCCUGACCACCACAGUACGUGACUCACUCACACUCACCUGAAAUCAGUCACUAUAAGGUGGUACUGGAUACCUCCACAUUGACUGGCACACAUUGUGUCCCCAGUACCUAGUGCAGUUGUAUAAUUGAACACUAUGCUCCCACCUUGACUUGGCCCUGACUUUGAAAAAGACAGUGGACCUGGCUAAAUCCAAUCCACAACAUCUCCUUAUAAAAGUGCACACAUCCUGUACCAUCUGUUCUGACACCAGGCAAUGGGUGUGAUGGGGGAUAAGGGGGCACAGAGGGCUCUCACUCUCUAAUCCAAGACUUGAGGUCAAGUGAAUAAAAGGUUUAAAUCUUGACUUGAGGGAACAUGUGAACCACUGUUGAUGAUAUCUUACUCAUGAUUUUGAUUUAGUUAUAUUUUACUCUGUUUUACCCACUAUUUUUGCCAAUCCACAAGCGUUUAUCCUAAAAUAUGCAGUUAAUUUGACCUUUGAUUGUCUCUCUCUCUCACUUUCCUGGGAAUUCACCUAGACACAAUAUUGUAACAAGCCAGUCUACCUAUGGAGAAGGUACGGCACAUCGGAGAGUCGGUGGAAGUUUUUCUGGCUAAGGUCACAUGUACCAGAACGGACCUACAAUCCUUACUGGGCACGCUGAACUUCACCAUGAGAAUUAUUCCACAGGGCCGUGCUUUUAUUUCCAGGUUACUGUUCCUUCUUACCCUUCUCAAUACUGACAAAAGUACUGUAACCAUAGAUACACACGCCAAGGCGGACCUACGUAUGUGGCUUAGGUUUCUUUCACAAUGGAAUGGAAAAAUGUUUCUUCCACCCUUUUCUGAAUCUUCCCCAGUCAUAUGGACAGGUGCUGCAGCUCAUACAGCGUCCGCAGCUAUAUUUGGUGACUCCUGAUUGAGAGAUUCUUGGCCGAUUGAGACCCAUGGUUUACCUUCAUUCUGCACUACAUCUGUUCUAUUUGAAAUUUACCCUAUAGUGGCAGCCUCCAAAGCAUGGGGGUACCUAUGGCAAGGGAAAGCAGUAAAAUGCUUCUCUGAUAAUAAAGCAGCAUGCGAUAUUAUUAAAAAGGGCAGAUCCUCAUCACGUAACAUCAUGAGACUAAUUCGACGACAGACAUGGUUAGCGGCUAUGCUACAAUUUCACAUUACUUGUAUUCACAUCCCAGGAUGCUGAUGCGUUGUCUCGUUCUAAUUUGCAGGUUUUCUUCAGAGCCCAUCCGACAGCCAACAUCAGUCUGGUCAGCACUUUCUCAUACCAAGACCUUAUCCUGGACUAGACUGCCUCUUAGCACACAGCAGAUAUCUGGCCAACUCGGCCCUCUAUACCAAUACAUCACGGGCUUACAAUAGAGCAUUCACUCUCUAUACCAAAUUCACUUUAGAUUACCAUAUAAGUGACACACACACUCACUAGACUCCAUAGUGGCGUUUAUCUCCUAUUGCCACCUUAGCUUAAAGGGACACUAUAGUCACCCAGACCACUUCAGCUUAAUGAAGUGGUCUGGGUGCCAGGUCCCCCAGGUUUUAACCCUUCACAUGUAAACAUAGCAGUUUCAGAGAAACUGCUUUGUUUACAUUGCAGGGUUAAUCCAACCCCUAGUGACUGUCUCGCUGACAGCCGCUAGAGGCGCUUCUGCGACGCUGGAUGUGAAAUUUACUCUUGCUGCGCAUGCGCAUUCCACUCCACUCGGGAACUGACGUCGGCGGGGGAGGAGAGGUCACCAGCACCAAGGGAGCCCGGCGCUGGAUUAGGGUAAGUAACUGAAGCGCCAAGGGAGGGGGGCCCUGAGGGUGGGGGGACCCUAAGAGUUGUAUAGUGUCAGGAAAACGGGUUUGUUUUUCUGACACUAUAGUGAUCCUUUAAAAUUAUCACUAAACACUAUAAAACUCUGCCACACAGGAAUACAUCACAUCCUAGGUGCCUACCCUAGUACGAAUUCUUUCAUGUCCACCUAUGACGUUCAGAAUAUUCUAAAAGGCAUACAAAGCUUGGACAAACCCAAUACCAUACUUCAUAUUGACAGGCCUAAAUUUCGUGCACUUUCAGGCAUUCUAGACACCAAUACAUUUGAAACCAGGACUAAUACUUUAAUUAAAACGCCAGCCUAUCUAGCCUUUUAUGGCUUUUUAUGUCCAAAUUAAUUCACUACCAAUAACAUUACGUCUAACCAUCCGCACCUGAAAAUUAUGAGUCUACAAAACGACACUGACUAUUAGGUACUUACCAUUGAUCACACUAAAACAAACCAGUUAGGCCUUCCUACCAAAAUAUGCUAUUACCACACCGGUAAUCACUGGUGUUCAGUUAAAUUACUGGACACAUAUUGUUCAACACUAGACCCAAAUACGCCAUUACUCCUUUUACAUGGCAAACCUCUGACCACUACUAAAUUCAUGUUAUACAUCAGAACACUUUUCAUUAGACUUUUCAUUACAAAUUAGAGUUUUCUGGCCACUUUUUCUGGAAAUCAGCAGCAUAUACCAGUUAUAUACCACAGCCAGAACAGGAAUUGAGAUUAGCAUUUAAAAGUUUAGCUUUGUAACGUGUAUGUAAUAAAGGUUAUUUGUAUACAUCAACUUUUUGCCCUCUUUUAUUACAGGCCUACCCCAUACAUCAGUUCCGGCACACCACAACCGACUGGUUCUCACUUCUAAUUAUAUCAUUAUUGUAUUGUCUUAUUAUAACGGCUUAUGUCCCUGACUACAAAUAUGAAGGCGUAGCCUGUAAUUGUGGGAGGGGUUACCGGCUAUAAAAACUCAGGCCCCCUCCAUGACAGAACCGUCACCGAUGUGUUCAUCCCUCCCACCUCUCCCCUUUAUUACAAUUAAAUGGGUGGGCCCUCUUUUAUUACAGGCCUACCCCAUAAGUUGGUUCUGGCACACCACAACCAACUGAUGCUUACUUCUAAUUAUAUCAAUAUUGUAUUUUCUGACUACAAAUAUAUAUACCAUUUAAAGCAGAAAAACAGUUUGCAAGAUACCCAAAUUAUCAAGCAAUUGCCACAAAAUGAUUGUUAGGGCUUAAAUGGACACUAUAGGCACUAUGGGCAGUGGUCUGGGUGCAAUGUCCCAGUUCCCCUUAGUCCAGCAAUGUAAAACAAUGCCGGUUUGGGAGACAUCCAAUGUCAGUAAAAUUGCGAGGGCCUAAUGCGCUUGCAGUGCUUACUGUGCAUGCACAUUAGAUCUCCCCCUCGGAUGAUGUCAGAUGAGGUGGAGCGCCCACCAAGCACCGUAGGUUACAGGCCCUAAAAUUGGGUGAGUAAAUAAGAUUUUUUUAACCCUUUAUGAGCUAGAGUGGCGGUGGAUUGUAAGGGAGGGGGUUACCAGAGGGCACUAUUGUGUUAGGAAUACAACUUACUCCUAACACUAUAGAAUUUGCUUAAAUAGAAAGAUGAAACUCCUAAGUAUGCCAGCAGAUGGCAGCAGAAGAUAUUUUAUAAAUCAUAAAAUUGUUUUCUGUAGAAAUAUAAUUUCUAGAAAAGUUACAUACAAUAACUGAGCUGUUUUUAGAUGAAGCAUAAGAUAAGUGUAGCCACCCCCCCUUUAUCUUUUUCCUGCAUUCUUCAUAAAAUCCAUUAAAACCUUGCCCCUCGUUCAACUCCCAUCUAUCUUUAAAAUCACACCAGAACAUACAGUAUUCCAUCCAUCCAGAUAAAAGAAUCCCCGUCACUUGUAGUUCUGAGCUGUGGACUGGCUGAGAAGUAUGAGAUUUGUAGUCCAGCUAGGGACACAUUUUGACACACUUGUUCUGCAUGUUAAUUGCUCAAAUUUAGAAUGUAUUUAGCAAUCAGUUUUUUUUUAUUUCUAUCUUAGUAAUUAAGGACAAAUUAAUUAACCAAAGAUUGCUAUUUUCUGUCACACAUUUAGCUAGACAGAUGAAAGUAUCACACAUAGAAAAAAACUUAAUUUAAGCAAUAUAUAGUUAUUUCAUUAGAAAUCUGUAAAAAAUGUAAAUCGAUACCAUUAAAGUACGUGAACUUGCUGCUAAUUUACAGAAACCAGAAGAAGCUGAAAACCCUUCCAAGAGACGAGAUUCAUUAGCAAUCUUUCAUAUUAGCCUAUGGGGGUCUAACUUAUCCCACAGUAGCCUCCAUACGUAGCUCAGGCACAGGGCCAGGCUGGAAAUACAAAGCAAGCCUGGAAAAAAUGUAUGCCAGCCCUAUAAAAUAAGUCAUUGAGCCGUGUAGCGUGUGUGUGCAUCAAUAUAAUUUAUUAUAGGCAUGUUUCAUUUUAAUUCAAAAUAUUAUUCCUUUCAGAGAAAAAAACACAAAUAUGCUUUAUGUGUCAAUAUCACUGACACACAAGAUUAUUGACACAUAAAGGAAAACUUACUGGCACACAUACACAGACUGAGCACAUACAAACUCUCUGACACACACAAGCUCACUACAGACACUCAUUGGUAUGCACACAGAAGCUAACUACAGACAAGCUCACUGUCACGCACAUGCUCACAAUAGACAUGCUCACAAACACACACACACACACACACACUUACUACAGAUAAGUUAAUUGAUACAUGCACACAACCUGACUACAGACAAGCUCACUGACACAUACACAAACAAGCUCACUCACUACUGACAAACUCACCCACUAAUGACAAACUCACUAGCAGGCACAUACACACAGAAGAUCACUCUCAGACAUGGGCUGAUGGGUAUAUGAAGAGUUACUGUUUCCUGGAAGUGAAGGCUGUGGGAGCACCCGUUCUGGCCUUGUCUUUGGUUGGAACGUUUGGAACAAAACCAGUGCCUUAAAUAAACACUGUGUUAGGAGGAGAUUAAGUGGUCUGGGUACCUACAGUGUCCUUUUUUAUAAAAACACUGUUUUAGGAGGACAAUGAGAUGAAGUUAUCUGACUACCUAUAGGGUCCCUUUAAAAGCUGAUUUUUAAACAGUGUUUCAUUACUGUUGGUGCAUGCAAAAAUAGGAUGAAAACUAUUAAAGAACUAGAAAAAUAGUAAUUGAAAAAUUGGUGUAAAGUACUAAAGGCAGGGCAGUUACCGUGGAACCAGCAGUUACAUCCACUGGUAAUGCCUCUUUUAAUUUAAUUUUUUUGCACCACUUUGUAGAAGAUCUCCCCAUUAUGCCUGUCUGUUCAUGGUUUCAUAUUAAGCUGUUAAUUCUAGAAAAAUAGUGAAAACAUUGUUUCUCAGAAAUGCUGUGUUCAAGGUCUAUUUAACGGAUAUAGAGACAAGUAUAUCGGCUGCAGGGCAAAUGCCACAAAGUAGCCAAUAACUUUAUAUAAUGCUGCAGAGUGCAGCAUGUUUGAGGCAGAUAGACAUUACCUAUUGUUUUUCUGUGUCUACAUUUUUCUUGUUAUAUGUGGUUCAUAAUCUGCAUUCUUCAUCAGAAUGUUUGAAUUUGAAGUUCAGAUGCGUGCGAAAAACAAAGAACAUAGAUGCACAAAGGAAAACUACAUGUGAAAUUAUCAGGGGAAUUCAUUGAUCCAUCACUAACACGGAAUGUUCUAGAGUGCGAUGUUGCAAUAAAACCUUUAAAUUCCUUUACAUGGUGAUGUGUCUGUGGCUUUUAUCCUUUACCUAUAUCUUUAUGGAAUUCCUAGUUAAUAUGGGUUAGGUCAGGAUUGGAUCAAAGGUAGAUAGCCUCCAUCUAAUUAUUGUGGAAAUACAACUACACUUGCAAAGCAUCAUGGGCGAUCUCUGUAUAGGAAAUGUGUAAGAUCAGAUUAAUAAUGUUAUUCUUCAGAAUUCUUGCGGAAUAGGUGUUACAUCAGGGAACCUGAAAGGGGUUAAAGCGAGGUGUGUAUCACCUUGAUGAAUGCUUUGAUCUCAUUACAUUGACCUGAAAAAUAACAGUGCGUAUUGUGUCCGGCACAAGGCAGGAGUUCUAAUUACCCAGGAAAUAUAAAUUGCAGAGCUGCUGUAAAUAGGACUCGACUAGAAAACAUUUUGCAGGGAAAUAAAUGGAAAUGGCAAUAGAGGAUAAACUCGCACAUCCUGUCUCUCUCCAGACUGGUGUAUGCUGCGGACAUUGUCAUGUUUAAUAGGCUGCUCGGAAAUAAAUGAAGCCGUCAAUAGUCAGAUACACAGAAGUGCCUGACAUGCAUGAAAUCGGAGAAAGGAGAUGAACACACGGUUUGUGUAUUUAUUUAUGUAAUGGGAGUCUUUUGCACAUUUACAACAUGGAGGCACUUUGUAGGUUACAACCCGUAUGAAAGCAAAUAUAUAGUUUUGUAAUUAAUAUUUUAGCUUUUACAUGUACUGUUGGCAUGAAGUAGUGAUGGCUAACGUUGACCCUCAAGAAUUUGUGCACUACAUUACCCAUGACGCUAAGGCAACUUUAUGCACACAUAUCUAACAAAAACAAAGUAGCCAAUAAGCCUAGAACUUUAACCUCUGUGUGUCUAAUAACUAAACAAUUAAUUAAGAACUGACUGAAAAGUCAGGUUAAAUAGGGUAGUUAAAAAAAAUUUCAAACCAUUUCAUCACUUAUGUACGCAGACGCAGCACAUUUCCAUAACUUGUACCCUUCAUAUUAGCAAAAUGUUUGUUAUUAAUAUAGUUUCUGUUAUUUUAAAUGAAUAUGUUUUUCUCUGCCACAUCUAACUGACACACAGAUACAAGCACUACCAUACACAAAAAAACGCAAGCAAAUACACUGACACACAUCUAGAUGCACAGAUACACACACUGAUAUCCAUGCAGAUACACAGACACACAGAUACAAGCAUUGACACACAUGCAGACACACAUACACACAGAAGCAAACACUGACACAAUCUAGAUACACAGAUACACACUCUGAUACCCAUGCAGAUACAUAGUCACACAGAUAGAAGCACUGACACACAUGCAGAUACAAGCACCAACACACAUGCAGAUACACAGGCACACAGUAGCAAGCACUGACACACCCUAGAUACACAGAUACACACUCUGAUACCCAUGCAGAUACAUAGUCACACAGAUACAAGCACUGACACACAUGCAGAUACAAGCACCAACACACAUGCAGAUACACAGGCACACAGAAGCAAGCACUGACACACCCUAGAUACACAGAUACACACUCUGAUACUCAUGCAGAUACACAGACAAACAGAUACAAGCACUGACACACAUGCAGAUACACAGGCACACAGAAGCAAGCACUGACACACCCUAGAUACACAGAUACAAGCACUGACACACAUACAGAUAAAAAGAUAUACACACUGACAUACAUAAAGAUACAUAUACUACAUACAUACAGAUACACACAAAACACAUAGUGUUAGUUUUGAGAAUGUUACAGGUUCUCACUUUCCCCCAGUUAUGUGAUAUUACAGGUGCCCAGGGUUACACAUACCACAGGUUUAGUUUCAACACUGCAAGUGGUGCUUCCCCUGUGUGAAGGAAUUCAGACUCUGUUCUCAAUCAAAUGUUGCUCCAGGAGAGCAUUUCAUUGGUGCAGAUAAACAAUUUACAGUGCAUGCGCGCAAGUCUCUCAAUGCUUACAUUCUGUAAAACAUUGGAUGGGUUGAGAUCAUCAAUCUUUUUUUUUUUAAUUUUUUUAUGUUUACCCCAGCUCACAAGCAAGAGUGGGUUAACAGAAACAAGAACAAAUCAGACAUUAUAUACAGUACAGGUAUCUUGGUAUGCACUUUGCUAUGUUGUCUGUCCUUAGUGAGCAGUGCUUGGGAGUAGGGGGUUUUAUGUUAAAAGCGAUAUGGUCUAUGUCGGGUGGUCGAGGUUGGUUUGUGGUCCGCAUAGGUUGGUCAUGCGUUUGAGUGGGACCUGUGAGUUACUGUCAGCCCUUAGGCGGAAACGUGGAUUUACUGCCAGUUGGGUUGUUCUGGUGGGUGCGUCUCGGUUUGAGUCGUGCAUGUAUCUUGCUGAGGUAUUAGCCCUAUACUAGUGUUAAGGCCGCAUAGGUAGCCCUGUUAAACUAGACUCUCUGUCAGACGAUAAAUGGGUUUACACCCCCAGUGUCUUGUUCCGUCAGGUGGUGAGUUGGGCCAGGAUAGGAGUUGGGGGGGUCCCCCUACACGUCAGUUUGUUGGGGUGUGGGUGGAGUCUCGUCCGUAGCAUUACAGCUAGUGGGGCUUAAAUCACAGUAUGGCUUGUUAUCAUAAAGUGCAAAUCAGAGAAAGUGAAAACAUAAAAAAGAGAAACAACUUCGAACCGCAUUCGUUUGCUCAAAAAAACAGGGCAAUCUUUGUAAGGCUCGGAUUGUGAGCCAGUGUGUGCAUGGGUGUUACUGGACUUCUUCUGAAAAAUAAAAGUGUAAAGGUGGAGACCAAAAUAAACCUAAGAAACUUCGAACCACAACUGAUGUAUGUUCUUAGGGUGGUAAAGGAGAUAGUGGGGUUGUGAGUGCCAAAGUUCAGGUUGUAGAUGCCGUGUAAGCCUCUGGCUUUCUUCCUUGUGGCACGAACAGCAUAAUCCUCGCUGGGUCCCAGGAGGGCCGUGGGCCGUGGUGGAGUUUUCUGGAUGCCCUGAAGGAGUUAGGGAGUUCUCGGGCAGGCCGAGUGUUGGUAGUAGCGCCACCGCUCCCUGCAGGUCUGUUACUGUGUAGGUCAAGCUGUUCGGCUGGACUUGCAGAGUCCUUGGUGAGCGCCAUCUGUAUUCGUUGCCGUGAAUGGUUGGAGGGACUGUCUCCAUUGUAGGGUGUUACUGGAUAUGUCAGCAUACAAGGUGAGAGCUGCAUUUUCGAAGGCAUAUAGUGUUUUCCCUUUGAGGGCCGCGAGGACCCCCGCCUUAUCAGCACCAGUGCGGAAUUUCACCACAACAUCCCUUAAGGCUGAGGCUGGAGCUCUCCGUGGUUUGGGGACCUGGAAGACCGCUUCAAUGUUUGUAUUCCUGGCCUGUUUUGCUGUUAAAAGAUUCUCCGCUGGGAUAUCGUCAGGGACGCCUCUUAUUUUCACAUUAUUGUGGUGGCUGAGGUCUUCAAGAACUGCAAAUCGUUGGUCUGUGGUCUCCUAGUGUUUUUUUCUUAGCACUAUGAUUUGUGCCUGCUUGUCUGAGGAGGCCUCUAUUACCGCAAUGCAGCCCUACGUCGGCCUGCAGUACUCUCUACAAGUCACCUAACAUGGAUCACAAUGUCUCUGUGGUGAUUGGGUCGGGUGGCCACUUUUUCGGGGUCGGCUGCAUUAACGGAGCAAACAUACUGCCAGUGCAGUCAUCUAGGCUCAGGUCAUCCGAGGAGUCUGUGCAUUUUUGGCCCAUGUACCCAUUGAACAAAUUGCUGAUAUCGGGUCCCAUUUUGGGCUUGUCUUUGCCUUUUGGUUUUUCUCGCCAUGUCCUCUGUGGGUCCGUGGGUUACUUUUGUGGCACUUUGACUUGUUGGAAAAUGGGUUUAAAAGCAGUGUGUAUGGAGAGCCAAUCUAUUGUGCAUCCAUCUCGUUCUCUUGCUAGGCUUCGACCGAGAUUUGCUAAGCUUCGACUGAGAUCAUCGAUCUUGAUGAUCUCAGCCAGGAAGGAGGAAUCGGUGGAACAUUGUUGAAUUAAACAAUAAGGUCCUGAAAUCCCUCUAGUGACUGUCAGAGUGACAGAAAAGGCAGCGUUCAUUAAGCUGUAUUGGUUCUGGUGCCUAUAAUGUCUCUUUAAUGCAGAUUAAAAAAAAAUUAGUUUGACUUCAAGAGGACAUAUGUGAAAAAGCUGACACUAGAAAUGACAUUGAUAAAUUAUUAGUGCUGAAGGUGUUAAUUUCUGAUAAUAUUUUUAAUCCUUUGAUACGGGAAUAAGAAUUUAUCAGAUGCAUUUUUGUAUCUAUCCUUUAAAGGGUUAAAAGCCACUACAAGAUCAUUUUAUUCCAGGUAAUAGUUUAUCCAAAAUAAUAUUAGUCUUGAAAAAUCUUUUUUUAUUUCCCCAAUGAGCCAUACAGUCACCAAGAAAAGAAAUUGCUUUUCCUACCAAAGAGGGUACACAGUGCCGGCCAAUUAUGACACGAUGCAGAAAAGUGAUCUUAAAAUGGGCAGAGGAAAGAAAUUUGGAACUGAGGACAAAAAGGUGACAAAACAUUAAGUAAAAAAAUUAAAUAAAAAAAAUAGCAGAGCCAGUGAGAUUACAGGAAAUAAUGCAUUUGAUAAAAUGUUUUUUUUUUAAAACACAUUCACUGGUAUUGAAUGCUUAAAGGAGCUUUAUUAAAAAAAAGAAUGUAGCUAUAGUAGUUUCAGUAUUUUCUGUGGGGAAGAAAGGCACAAAUAGUCUUCUACCCAAGAGGGAAAAUAGGUUAUAACAUGUUCCUAUGCUAACAGGACAUUUUACCCAGUGGGAGAGAAGCCAUAAUCAAAAGGUUACGUCAAAGGCUUCAUUCUUGACAUGGUCUACCAGAACCAUCAACAGUGAAUUGGAUCAGUGAUUGCAGGGCAAUUCAAGGGCUUUUAGAAUUGCUGGGGGAAAUGGAUAGAUGAAUAUAAGAGGCACCUGUUCUACUAAGCAAAUUACCUCACUUGACAUUUUAAUUUCACUUGCAUUCACAUUAAAAUGGAUGGGAGAACCAUUUGUGAUUUGGAAUUAUUGUAAAUCCCAAGUGAUCUGGUUCAGGAUUUAAACUGGGUGGGGUUUCUCAUAUGAAGCUGAAGCCAGAGGCAGCUCUAGACUUUUUGAGGCCUUAGGCAAAACUUCAGUCAGUGGCCUUUAAUGCUACAGGCAGAAACUACUACACAUAUACAUUGCUAAACAUGCAUCCAGCUACAUACGCAUACAUUGCUAUACACACACAUUAAAAUUUAAAUUUUAUUCAACCACUCUCCAUUUUAGUUACCAUUUUGCAGCUGGGACGACCAAUGCGCUAUCAUGCAGGUGACACAUUUAUGUGUGUGCGAGGUCUUAGCGUCGCCUGAAUCCACAUAGUAGAGAAAGGCCUUAUAAGCUAUUAAAUCUCCCAGACUAUGUUAUCUUAUGCAAGUCUCAAGAGAAGUGAGACUUGUCUAUCAAAACACUCUAAUGGUUGGCUUACUACUAUUAGUGCCCCUAACCACUGCCAAUGGGUGGGACCUGGUGGGUUACAUACUAUGUCUCCCCCUUAUAUUAUCUUCCACCUGCUCAUCAUCACCUUAAUGUCCCCAUCAUUUCUUUUACCAAAGAGCCUCCACCCGCUGGCCAAGGGUAGGGGUAGAAAGGUAGACAUUGAUCUGUCUAUUCCCAUUAUCUAUUUUAAAGUCCCCCCACAAGAUGCUCACAGGUGGGGACACAGGGGGAAUAUGUCUACCACAUUAUUUAACUCAUCCCCAUUGAGUGGGUGUCCUUUCUAACAAUGUGGUAGCAAUGGCUGCCCAGUUGCUAGAUUUAACAGUUUAGCAAAUAUGCCCCACCUGGCACAUGGAAGUUGUCUAGCAAGCACUUAAUUAACUCUUGCAGAUCCCAUGGUACUUGUAUUCAUCAUUCACUCACAAAAAAGGAAGUCAAUGAUAAUUUGCCAAUCUGCAUCCUACCAGAUGCCUUUGGUUCCAAAUUUUAUUAAAAUCACUGCUUUGUGAAUCUUCUGAAUGGUAUACUUUGUAGAGGAUUUGGAUGUGAAAGCACAAAUUUUAAUCCAGACAACGAAUGCAUCUGGGCAAUUCCUGCAACUUCGUUCGGCCGCUCGAAUUCCGACCAUAUUUGGCUUUAGUAAAUAUGAGCAUUGCCACUGCAGUGAGAAUUCAGUCAUUUUCAAUGGGUUUUGUCCUUCCAGAACAAAGCUAGUGUUUAGUCAAAAACCCUGUAUGUUUUGUGGCAUAUAAUCUUUGGAGUACUUAACACUAUUUUCAGUACAUACCAAGAAAGUAUGACCUGUGUCCUGUCUGUUUGAUUGCAUAAAUAAUUUUUGACCAAUAUUUUCCCCAUAUAUUUAGAUUUUAUUGAGAAGGCAAGUAGAGUUUUCUAUUCUAGAAUUUUAUGGGUGAACGGAUUUGGAUAAAACCCUCUGUGACAUACAGCUAAAACACAUCAGUAGGUCUAAUCUCAUCAACCUGCAACCACUGUACCAAAGGAGUUUCAUUAUUAUUACACUUUUAAUCGGAACUGGCACAUUUCUGGAAAUAAGACUGCUGAAUAAAAUAUUGAAAGUCACCUAUAACUUGUGUUACUCUUUUGUUUGUCUGAUACUUUUAUUUAAGAUAUCACAUUCCAGUUCAGUACUGGCACACAUUGUAUUAAAAGAGAAAAAAAGUAACAUUGUUUCUGUCUCCCCUUCCCCAUAUGUUAUGUUCAAUGACAGGGAAUAGCAGAGUUUAUUAUUUGGUUUUACUUUUUUUCUUUUUACAAUCUUUAAAGGAACACUAUAGGGUAAGGAACACAAACAUAUUCCUGACCCUAGCUCCCCUGUCCCCCUUCCCCCCACACCCUCCCGCCUCUUGCCUCCCUAAAUAUAGCAAAAUCUUAUUUUUAUUCAAGUCUACAGCUGCUGCCUCUGCACCUGAUCUGACUGCUUGGCUGACAUCAUCAGAAGUGAUUCUCUAAACCAACACAAUGCUUUCCCAUAGGAUUGGCGGAGACUGUUCAAGAGGCAGAUCAGGGGCAGGGCCAGCACAAGUCAAAUACAGCCCUGGCCAAUCAGCAUCUCCUCAUAGAGAUGAAUUUAAUCAAUGCAUCUCUAUGAGGAAAGUUCAGUGUCUCCAUGCAGAGGGUUGAGACACUGAAUGUCAGUGACACUGUGCAGCACUGCCCCAGGAAGCACCUCAAGCAGCCAUCUGAGAAGUGGCCACUGGAGGUAUCACUAGGCUGUAAUGUAAACACUGAAGGGAAUGAUUUUACUCACCAGAACAAAUACAUGAACUAUGUUAAGAUUUACAAUAGGAAGAUAUAACAGAAAAAAUAAAUAAAGUCAGGGACCGACAUCAAAACAGUUAUGUGGGAAUAAUUACUUUGUUGUUUCUGUAAAAUAAAAGCUAUGGAUUUAAAUAGCAGAGUAUGUAACAAAGUUCGAGCCAAGAUGGAGGCCCUCAGUUCCAAGAUCAAGGCAAAUGUAGCAAUGGGAAUUUCUACAUUUCAUUUUAUUUUGCAGACCUUUCAAAUACAUAUUUGUUAAAUGUAAGGGAUAAGUAAACAAAAUAUAAAAAAUCCCUGAUAAAGUCAGCUCCUCAGAAUAAGGGAUUUGUAGCUUACAGUCCAAAUGACACGCGCAUAAAAAAAUCUCUGCAAAACGUACAUCAACAUGGAUUCUACUUGGCUCCUGUUUUAACUCGUUAUUUGAUAUGCAGCCACACAAGGUUUCCCUUUAUCGAGUGAUGAUGUGCGCUAUGCCUCUGUUGUCUUCAUACAGUGAGAGGAAUGUGGGUGAUAGCUGGGCUGUGCCAACUGUAUCUAAUUUCACACAGGUUUCGUGAUGCUUGGGGGCACAACUUGGAAUGUGCAGAACGCAUAUAAUGAGCUGAAGUGAGCAGAGAGGUAGAAAUCAUUUAUUGUGGAAUGAUAACGUUGGUGUGCGGAGAUGGCACAUGCUGGGCUCAGGCUGGAGCUCUUAGUAAACAUAGAGAAGAACAAAGCAAGAAUCAAAGGUUUCAUUGGGGGUGUUUGAAGAAUUUAGCCCCCAGUGGAGUAAGGUUUGUGGAUUCACAUAUGCAGAGCUUUGAUAUAAAUGGAUCAUUAUAUGUUGAAGCAGAGACAGGUUCAACUCAAUGACAUGAAGACCCUUUGUAUCCCUGCUGAUGUAUUUUAUUGGCCAUCAGCCAAAUAGGUAUCACCAUGUAUAAGUAUGAUGCUCUUCAGGAGAACUACGAAGGUCCAUGAUUCUACAAGAGAAACAGUAUAGGACUCUAUAGGGAGCUAGGGAGUAUAAGGCAUGGGAGGGGGCAACUACAACUACAGUUAGAAGGAGACAGUCACAGUAUCUCACCUGCCUUUGAGGAUAUAACUGAUUUGAUAAAAGAUUGCAUCAUUUAAUGGGUUCAAACACUGGUCAGAAAUGGGAACAUGAAUGCUAUUUUCACCACUGAGUAGACAAAUCUACUAUAUAACAGUUCUGAAAUCAAUUAUCCAUGGAUUAAAGGAGGAGAGUAUACAACAACAAGAGGACAUUGUCUUAAAUUAGAGGGGCAAAGGUCUAAAAAUAAUAUCAGGUAGUAUUGGAACAUGGAAUAGCCUUCCAGCUGAAGUGGUGGAGGUUAACACAGUAAAGGAGUUUAAGCAUGCAUGGGAUAGGCAUAAGGCUAUCCUAACUAUAAGAUAAGACCAGGGACUAAUAAAAGUAUUCGAAAAUUUGGGCAGACUAGAUGGGCCGAAUGGUGCGUAUCUACUGUCACAUUCUAUGUUUCUAUCUGGUUGAUAAAAAAAUGUAAAUUAAAAAAAAUUGAACAUACAGUUAACAUUAAAUAAUCUACCUGCUGUAUUAAUUUUAUUAACAAUGACAUGUUUUAUAUCUUUUAUAUAUAUAUAUAUAUAUAUAUAUAUAUAUAUAUUUUUUUUUUACCAAUUAUGCAUCAGUGUAACUCCAGUGGUUCUCUGAAUUGCUCAAUGUAUCACCCGUUUAACCCAUACUGCCGGAGAUGGGUUUUCCAUGGGUAGAGCAGUCAGGAUAAUAAGUAGUCAGAGGAAUGAGUUGCAGCACAGUCAUCUGUGAAAUUUCCUUGCAUGAUAAACUGUCAGAAAACAAUAAUCCUGUCAUUUUUAUAUAGUGCUUGGGAUAUAAACAAUACAACACAAGGUAAAAGCAGACAUGUUAGCUGAGUUAUUGCCCCUGUGAGAUUACAAUCUAUUUUUAUUAAAAGAGGCUUAGAGAAAUGGCUCUGCGUGUGAGCUCCUAGGGUUGGCAGUGGGUUAAAAUGUAACAGCCGGUCAACCGUGCUUUAAAAUAAAAUUGUCACAGCUAGCACAAUUCCCUGUAUGUAUCCACGGAGCAAAAUUAUGAAAUAAAUCCAACAUUCUAAAGUGACAUCAUUAACAAAUUACAAGAAACAUGCUUGAUGCUUGCAUCAAACAAUCCUACUCCCCUGUGAUGACAUCAUGACACAAAUCGUGACAUCACAUAACUAUUGUCCAGAAUUAUUAGUGCAAAAUGUCUCCUAAGUAUUAGCUGAGUGCACUGUCCAGGCUGAAAGUAAUAGUUUGUAUUGAGGUCUAUAGAGAAAGCUCAGGUUAUCUUUUGCGGUUGUACAAGGUCAACAUUAAGCAUCUGGUACAAACAGAAAGCAUGCGUAUUGGGGGUGAAUAAAACACUGUACCCAAAUAUAAAGCACCAAAAAUCCGACAAAGAUUUCUACUGUCCCGCAUAACAAAUAGCUGUGAUAUGUUUAUAGCUCAGCGCACCUGUCCUUACCUUGCUAAAUUUUACUAUCCAGGCAUUCAUCAAUUUUAAAGGAAUGCUCCAAGCACCAUAACUACUACAACAUGCAGCAGUUGUUAUGGUGCCAGAAGUGCCAUGGCAUCCCCCAUUGUAUGAAGUUAAACUGUUUUAGAAUUGUUUUGGGAACCCCCAGGCACAGUUUGACCAUCUCCAACAGCUCAGUGAGAGCCAGAAGCUCCUAAUGACUAGCUUCUGUUCUCUUGAACUAAGACUGCAGUGGUUAUGGUGCUUGGAGUGUCCCCUUAAGUACUCUCUGUAAACCCACCUACUUGAAGAAACUUGCCACCUACACCUCAAUAAAUUCUCUCUUCAGAUCAAGACAAUCAAUCAUUUUAGAAGCUCACUGUAUUAAGCAUUCCUUUUCCCUGCUCUUCGGAGCUCUUUCAACCCUGUUAACCCUGUAUUCUGUCACCCUCCUCCUUCCCGUCAGGUUCCCAAGCUCAUAAGACCAGGACCGCCAAUGCCUUUUGUAGAAGUAUGCAUUUAUGAAUAUGUAAGGAUAUAGAUAGAUCUUAUAUGCUCAAUUAAAGUGAUCUGGAAAGCACAAAAAAUUUAAAUUUCCAACAAGUGAAAAGACAAGUUCUGUAUUCUAUAUACAUAUAUUAUAUCGACAGUAUUAGCAAGCAGCAGAGACACAGGGGCUUAUUCACUAAAUUCAGAAUCUUAUUAAAUUGAAAACUAAAUUGCAAAAUUUAGGCUAAAUUAGCCAAGGUUUGACUAUAGCGUCGCUGGAGAUCUGAGACAAAAAAAAAAAGAAGCUUUUUCUGGAAGUGUUAAAAAUCUGACUAGCCAGAAAAUAAACUUUCUUAAUUAAACCAAUUAAGCAUCCUCUCAGUGUGUAAUUUAGAAACUCUACCAAAAGCCUCAUCGAAAAGGUUUUCUUGUGCCUUAAGCUGACCGAAGAAAAGGCCCAACAUCUGUCCUAUAUAAUAGAGGGUCUGGUGAGCCUUAGGCAGUCGGCAGAUUAACAGCUGCUCUCCGAGCUGCUGAGCGCCUCCACCCGGGGGUAAUGCUACAGGACAAAAUUAGCUAAGUUUGCGCAAGUAAGAUGCUUCAAUUAACCCUUUCAUUGCCCAGGGAGCUGGAAGGGGCGUUCAGUGCUCCAUCACGGAAAAGGGUUUCGGAAAAGCUCGAGGCUGCUAGAGAUAUCUUACAACAAAGAGUCUUUCUAUUGAAAUGUUUACUGAAAUAUUGAAAACAAUAUGAAUUAAUGCUUUAAAUGAGUGUUUAAUUCCAGUGCAAACUGAGUGCAGAUGGCUUUUAAUUCUUCAGGAAGCAAAAACCUUUUCUGUAAUGUAUCAGUGAGAUCGUCGCUGGUGUUUCAUAAACCAAGUAUUAAAUGUUAAAGAAUAAUGUGUGCACCUGUUAUGUGCUGUGACUGAUAAUGAUCCAUUUCAGCAUGUUUGAUGUACUAUGUAUGUUUUUUUUUUUGCAUUUAGUUAAAGACUCCAGAAGUAUGUGGAUGCAGUCAAAUAGAAAUAUAUUUAUUAUUUAGCAAUUCAUUUGUAAAAAUGUUAAAAGACAUAGUGGAUCUUAAAUCACAUGGCUUCUUUUAAUAUUAAGACUAUUUUUUUAUCAUGAGCCGCAACUUGUAACAAGAGAAUGCAGAGGAAUAUUAAUAUUUAUAUGCAAGAUAAUAUUCAAUAUAUAUUCAUUUGGAAUAUGAAGGUCAUAGUUUGGUUUCAUUGUGCCGUUUUGAGUUUGGAAUAAGGGGACAAAAUGCUCAAACAAAAAAGGUUUUUAAUAAUAUCUUCAAUGCAGAGUUUGACUAAUAUUUGGAGAAUUAAGAAGACUUAAUUAUGAUUUUAGGAGCCAAAGAAGAAAUAUAGCAUUGUAGCGUUCUGUAGAAAUUCUGCAGCUAGGGUUUUAGCUUAGCUAAUAAAAUGUCCAGGGCUUGUGUCUAUAACAGUCUUCAACAUGGCACAUGUCUAAAAACCAGAGAAUAUGCACUACAUGCAGGCCAUUGAAGCUAACUGGGAAGGAAAAUAUAUUCUGUGGCCUGAGCAUUAAUUAAUUAAUUACCAUAGCAAUAAAUAAAUGAGUAAGAUGGGAUUAUUGUGGUAUUUUGGUCAAUACAAAUGAUACAAUUGAUCAGUAAGACAUUUGGUGGGUGACUAACAAUGAAAUGGUGCCCAGAAAUUAGACCCGGGCUUUUUAUUUCCUCCCAGUAACGCACCUGGACCUCAAAUAUCUCUGCAACCAGACCUGUGCGUUCCAAAGGGAAGUGGAUUCUGUUUCCCUCUACUCUACUGCCCACCAAAACCAGCGUGCAUGUGCUAUGAAUGUACAGGUCACUGUAUUAUCUCACUUUAUAUCUUCUCAACUGACAGUCUGGCAUUCCGAUUGGUUCCAAAUACCUCUGCCUAUUAGCAAAUAUCCCAGUGGGCCAAUCCGGGCCUGCACAACAGCCCAAGCACAAACCCACACAGCUCUGGGUUAGCAAAGGACUUGCACAGUCCCUGCCUCCUACCUCAUGACUACAGUAUUGAGACAGCAGACACCAUAACACACAUACUGCAAUGGUAACCCAUAGAGGAAUGGUGUUGUUGUGUGCCCCAUUGUGUGUCUAAACGUUGUGUGCAGAAUAAUCGACAUGUGACCCGCUGGUCUGAAGAGGAAAGACAUAUGGACGGAUGUUAACCUCUUAAGGACACAACUUCUGGAAUAAAAGGGAAUUAUGACGGAAUAUUUCCGUCAUGUGUCCUUAAGGGGUUAAUAGAAAGAAGUACGAUCAGACUAGCCACUGUGCCACUGAGCAAACUGGGCAAAUGCCUUGUGGGUAGCACUGGUCACAGGCUGAGGGCCAGCUUAAAUCCUGUAAGUCGGCACAGUUCUAUACCUUCUCCUUCUGCUACUGCUUCCUACAUGGACUCUUGAUAAAAUGUAGUGGUUAUGGUACUUGAAAUGGUAAUUCUUGUGUCCAGAAGUAGGUGAACAUUCUCAUUAUCAGUCAUGGGUUUAUUUGUGCAGCAGUAAGUUUAAUAUAUAUGGGAUUUACUCAUUCCCCUUCCAUACUGACUGACGUGUGUCUGCUUACACAAUGGAAAUCCCUUAUAAUUAGGCAAACUUAGGAGAUUUUCCAGUUGCCCACACAGUAAUUUAUUUCAAUGAUAAUAAUGAAAAUAUGGAAUACAAUUAUUUUCAAUAUAAAUACACAAACUAGCUGGAGGGCAAUGAAGUGGCUCUUCUAUUCACUGAUGUCCAAAUACUUUAAAAACCAGGUAUUUACUAUAGACAAUUCAAGGGUAAAAAUCAGUCAAUCAGACCAACUAUACACAUCUAAUUACCAAUGAUCCUGGCUUGAUAAAAAUCAUGUGAAUAUCAUACGAAGUAGAAAAUUCUGAAAUUUAUUAAAUGGGAAAAAUACAGAUUUUUUUUGCAUUGCCAUAUGGUUCAAUGUGUUUAUUUUUUUAAAUUUAUUUUAUUGAUUUGAGGGAAAUAAUUAAUUAAUUGUUUGGGAAAUUAAUUCCUGAACAAUUCUUGAUCCACAGCAGGCAUGUUUAGGACCAGUCUGGCUGAUUUGGAUGAUUUGUGAAUUAGAACUCGUCCAGGUCAAUACAGAGGCAGCUCAGUAAAUUCCAGAAGACGGUAAAUCAAGUUAUAAUUCAUCUUCCAAAUUGUCCUGAUCUCUCUACUAAAUGAUUUCCCAAAUUUGGCAAAACAAACAGUCAUAUAAAAAGAGAGGCAAUCAAGAUGUGCAUUUUAGAGGUAGGAGGCAUUUUUUGAUUUAACAUUUCCAAUUAGCAAUGGGCGUCAGCAGGACUUUUUCCAGGGGGGAGGAAGGAAUGGGCAUAAUUGUAAAAACAUCCAUGCUCGGCCCUUUUUUGCAGGGCUGGACUGGGGCUACAAAGCAGCCCUGGAAAAAAAUAUAUGCCAGCCCCAUAGGUCAUCGUGCAAUGUAGUCUGUGAGUAUAUAUAUAUGUGUGUGUGUUUAUCUAUCUAUCUAUCUAUCUGUCUGUCUAUAUAUAUAUUAUUGGUAUAUUUCUUUUUCUAAUUCAAAAUAUUGGUUCAGUCAGUGUAAAAAAUUUAAUUAUACAGUAAGCAUACUCACAUGCAGACAGACAAUUUCACUGACACAAGCACACAAGCUCAUUGACACAGGUUUAAAGACAGACAAUCUCAUUGAUACAUAUAAGCUCAUAAAAACACCAGCUCACUGAUACACACUAAUAGGCUCACUGACAGACAAUCUCACUUAAACACACAGACAAGCUUGCUGGUAUGCACAAACACACUUAGUACAAACUCUGACACUCACACAAUGUUACUACAGACAGACUCAUUGAUAUACAAACACAAACCUACGACAGACAAUCUUACUGUCACACACACACGCUCACUACAGACAAACUCACUGACAAACUCAUGCGCACUACAGACAAGCUCACUGACAUACACACAACAUACACACACUCACUACAGACAACCUCAUUGACACACACAUGCUCACUACAGACAAGCUCACUGACAUACAUACAACAUACCCAUGCAGACUACAGACAAGCUCACUGACACACAUGUUCCCUACAGAAAAUCUCACUGACAUACACAUGCUCACUACAGACAAGCUCACUGACACACAUACACUAGCUUACUACAGACAGGCUCGCUGACACAUGCUCACUACAGAAAUGCUUACUGACACACAUGUUCACUACAGACAAACUCACUGACACACACACAUGCUCACUACAGAAAAGCUCACAGACACACACAAGCUCACUUACAUACAAGCUCACUGUAGUGGGAGGUCAGGGCCAGUAGUGGGGUGGGUCAGUGUCUGUAGUAGCGGGUUCAUGACCUGUAGUGGGGGAGGGGUCAGGACCUGUGGUGGGGUGUGAGGGUCAAUAGGAAGGGUAAGGGGCAAUGAGGGGGGGGGGUUCAGGACCUGUGGUGAAAGGGGGUCAGGAUGUGUGGUGAUUGGUGAGGGGCAGUAGCUGAGGGUCAGGACCUGUAGUGGAGGGGUCAGGACUUGUAGUGAUGGAGUGGGGGUCAUAAAAGGGGGUAAUGGGCUGUAAUGGGGGUUAGGGUCUGUAUUGGGUGCUUAUUGGCAACAGUGAUGGGUUAGGACCUGUAGUAGGUGGUUAGAGGCAAUAGUGGGGGGUAAGGGGCUGUAGUGGGGUUAAGAACUUGUAGAAGGGGGUUAGGGGCAAUAAUGGGGGUUAAGACCUGUAGUAGGUAGUUAGAGGCAAUAGUGGGGGGUUAGAGACUGUAGUGGGGUUUAGAACUUGUAGAGGGAGUUAGGGGCAAUAGUGGGGGUUUAGGACCUGUAGUGGGUGGUUAGAGGCAAUAGUGGGGGGUUAGAGACUGUAGUGGGGUUUAGAACUUGUAGAGGGGCUAGGGGCAAUAGUGGGGGGUUAGGACCUGUAGUAGGUGGUUAGAGGCAAUAGUGGGGGGUUAUGGGCUUGUCACGGUUCUCACCUGAUAGACAGACGGCAAGACGUGGUCGCUCUUGGAGUUCCCAACAGGGGACUUGAACCGGGGAUCUUCUCAGUCUUGGUCCUGCUUUCUACCUCUGAGCCACAGCAGCUAUUUACAGUGAAAACUGAUUCCAGUCCUGUUCAUCCUGACAUGGCUACUACUCUGGGGGCUGCACCUUGACUUGGCUGUGUUUCACCUGACUCUGAUCAGUCAUCAGCAGGGUAUAUAAACCCAGCCUCGCCCUGUGCUCAGUGUCAAGUCUUUGAUCCUGUUUGUUCUAGUGUUCCUGUUUCAUCGCUUCGCAUUAUUGACCCCGGCUUCCUGACUCGUUUAUUCUGACUUCUGGCAUCCCUUGACUUCGGCUACUCCUCGUUGUUCCUGUCCUCUGGCAUCCUUUGACCUCGGCUAUCCCUCGACCAUCCUGCUGGUUCAGUCCUUGCCUGUCCUGCGUAUUGGUACUGCAUCCUGCACAGCCCCCGUGCACAGACCCACAGGCCAGGUGAAUUCUUACCUGACCACCUCGGCCUGUGGCUAUCUGCAAGGGUGAGCAUCAUAUCUGCGCUACAGACUCCCAACUCAGGUAAGACCCUGACAUAAGACUUGACCAUUAUGGAGUCCGCAGAGAUGUGCUCACCCUCGACCCAGCGUGUGUCCAGCCUGGCCCAGACUGUUUCGGAGCUGCAGCAAGAAAUUUUAUUCCUUAAAGGCGCAGUACAUCCAGCCCCGGAACCAGCUUUUCCUGAACCGUUUGUCAUCAUGCCCGACCGAUUUGAUGGUAGCCGCACAUCCUUUCAGUCUUUCAAGAUGGAUUGUGAGGUGUUGUUUUCUUUAAAGCCUCGAACAUAUGCCACAGAUUUUAUCAAGGUCCGAGCGGCUAUCAACCUGUUGUCUGGACGCAUCAAAGUUUGGGCUCACCAAAUGUUGCAGACGAAGAGUCCUGUCCUGGUCAGCUGGGAAUCCUUUAGUACUGCUAUGGACUCACAAUGUAAGACCACUGUGGCCAAGUCAGCUCCACGUACUAAAAAAUCUCAGAUUCUUCCUAACCAAGUAACCGAGUACCACCACUACGCCCCAGAGAUGCCUCCUUAUGUUCCAGCUUCCAGGAAAUCUCCAGAGGUAUCCGGUGUUCCACUUGACCCUGUGGAACCUAUGCAAUUAGGACUCGUCCACUGCAAAGUGACACCUAAGGAAAGAGACCGAAGGAGAAGCUAUGGCCUGUGUUACUACUGUGGAGAAAAAGGGCAUUUCAUCACGCUUUGUCCUGUUCGCCCUCCUAGACCUCCAGCUCUCCGACUUGGUACUAGUUUCCUUCGCCCUGUGUACACCGCAUACCAGCCUAAAAAGCCAAAUAGAAGCCGUUGUGCUUGCACAUGCUUGGCCUCCGCGAGAAAACCUCCAUCCCCUGCUCCAGAGCCUCCUGCAUCUACUCCCGAAGUUGCUUCCUGUGAUACCACCACUACUUCCUGCCCGCCCGAAGAGGUUUUACCUGUGGAUUGUGCCGUUGCUUCUAAUGGCACUAUAGUCCGUAAAGAAACCUUGAAAUGUUCGAAAAAGCAUUGUUAGCUGCGAACACUGCUCCUGCCAAAGUUUUGGAAGUGCUUGCCACCUGUACCCGGAACCUAAAAGACCUGGACAAUUCUCCAGCCGUACCAGAAGCUGGUACUGCGGACUCCCAAGCUGUAAAGGGAAUCCUUGCUGGGGAGUUUGACUAUGGGGACUCACUGGAUUCAGAUAGUGACCCUGGAGAGGUGUACUAUGCUGACAGUGAACCUAUUUACGCCCGGAGGUCGUUUUUAAAGGGGGGGGUACUGUCACGGUUCUCACCUGAUAGACAGACGGCAAGACGUGGUCGCUCUUGGAGUUCCCAACAGGGGACUUGAACCGGGGAUCUUCUCAGUCCUGGUCCUGCUUUCUACCUCUGAGCCACAGCAGCUAUUUACAGUGAAGACUGAUUCCAGUCCUGUUCAUCCUGACAUGGCUACUACUCUGGGGGCUGCACCUUGACUUGGCUGUGUUUCACCUGACUCUGAUCAGUCAUCAGCAGGGUAUAUAAACCCAGCCUCGCCCUGUGCUCAGUGUCAAGUCUUUGAUCCUGUUUGUUCUAGUGUUCCUGUUUCAUCGCUUCGCAUUAUUGACCCCGGCUUCCUGACUCGUUUAUUCUGACUUCUGGCAUCCCUUGACUUCGGCUACUCCUCGUUGUUCCUGUCCUCUGGCAUCCUUUGACCUCGGCUAUCCCUCGACCAUCCUGCUGGUUCAGUCCUUGCCUGUCCUGCGUAUUGGUACUGCAUCCUGCACAGCCCCCGUGCACAGACCCACAGGCCAGGUGAAUUCUUACCUGACCACCUCGGCCUGUGGCUAUCUGCAAGGGUGAGCAUCAUAUCUGCGCUACAGACUCCCAACUCAGGUAAGACCCUGACAGGGCUGUAGUGGGGUUUAGAACUUGUAGAGGGGGUAGGGGCAAUAGUGGGGGGUUAGGAGCAGUAAAGGGCUUAGAACCUGUAGAGGGGGUUAGGGACAAUAGUGGGGGGUUAGGACUUGUAGUGGGUGGUAAGAGGCCAUAGUGGGGGAUUAGGAGCAGUAAUGGGCUUAGAACCUGUAGAAGGGGGUUAGGGACAAUAGUGUAGGGUUAGGACCUGGAGAGAGAGCCAUGGACUGUGGCUCUGCCUUAUGCUGAACAUAGCCUGAUUAACUUGACACUGAACUGGGCUUUGUGAAGCUGAUAGCUGCUGUGGUACUGAUCGACUCGAUCAGCAGCAGGCUCUCCUCGGAAGUAUCCUCCGUGAGCUGGGAAGCACUGGCCCGGGGGGAGGAGGCAAGCUGAAAAGGGGCUGGGGGGAAAGUGCCCCCUCUUGCCCCCUCCUGCGGACGCCCAUGCAAAUAGCCCUCGCCUGCAUUUUGCAGUAAACAUGCAAAUAACGUUUAUUACUUAUCUGGACUCCAGUGCCAGGUGACGCUACCGGCGCUGCCCUCCAUGCCCCAUCCAACAUCAUCAAAGUGGUCCAAUCACAGGCUUCUCAUGCAGAGUUCUGGGCUGCAGUGGUGACUCUAGGAACAAUAUAUAGAGGGCGGCCGCAGGGCACAUAAGAUACCAAGAACAAAACGGUGGGAGAAGGGCACUAACUAAUAAUUUCUACCACUAAAUCAUAGGCCUGAAAAAUAAAAUAAAUCAAUAAAUAAAUAUAUAUACUGUAUAUAAAUCAUGGUUCUGCACUCACUCUUCAGGAAUCUUUGCCAAGAUGCAUCUCCAGCCUCCAAUUAAUAGUGAUUUAUAGGAUAAUGAAAGUCUGCAUAUGGACUGACAUCUUUAAUGUUGUGCUAUAACUGAGUUUGAAAUCAGAUCAGAUUCUAGGAAGACCAAUGAGUGCUCUGCUUUGUGGCUCUCUAUUAAUUGGAGGCUGGAGCUGGCAUUAUAUAUAACAUAUAUGUAGAGUUUAGAAAUCAGAGUAAAAAUGGUACUCUGGGGCUUAUUUAAAGAACGCCAUUAUUUGUCAAAUAACAGGAAAAUCUCAUGUGUAACAACAGCAACAAACUUUAGCGUUUCAAAACAAAAAUUCAUCAGUGCCAUUCAGUGCCAUUCUGUGGCAUUUUUGUGAAAAGUCUUUUCACCAUUGCACCAGUAUAACCCGUUUGUAAGGGUUCAGUAUGCACUAUAACAACUGGGAUCUUGUUGUGCACAAGGUGCUACUAAUACACAUUUGGUCCGCUUUUGGCUAUGCCUCUGCAUAAACAUGCAAUCGGCCUAAUACAUCAUAUCUAACAAAAACACACAGAAACAGAUUAAUAUAUACACACACAUACACACAGACUGCCUUACUCAUACAUAAACUCAUACACACACUGCCUAAUACACACAAACUCACACACACACUACCUAAUACACACACUGCCCAAUACAUACACACAAAUCUUUGAAUACACACAUGCACACACUGCCCAAUACAUACACACAAAUCUUUGAAUACACACAUGCACACACUGCCCAAUACAUACACACAAAUCUUUGAAUACACACACACAGACACUGCCUAAUACCUGCACAAAUUUACAUACAUUCAGAUUGCUUAAUACAUCCAUAUACACACAAACUACUUUAUACACACACACUGCCUAAUACAUACACACACACUGCCAAAUACAUACGCUGCCUAAUUCAUACACCACCACUUACACUCCUAAAAUUAAAGUGUCCCUUUUUUUUAUUUGAAAAGUUGUGCCUUUGUCCAGAACCAUGGCUACACAGACAGCCAUAUCUAAUAUCCUGAUCUAUACAGCUUUAUAAGAGUGGGAGAGGGAGGGACACGGACGGAUAGAUUCACCAAUGAGAACAAUUAAAACCACGACAUUUCUAUGUGAACUGUGCACCAUGUGACAUAUUAGAUAAUACUACAAAGUAUGAAAUAGGCUGAUUUAGAUGUGCUGUCCUUUUUAUAACACCAUAUCCUCCACUGGCUUCUAAUGACAUGAGAUGUAUACACAACAACCAGGAAUUGUAUCUUGUGGGUUGUAUAACUUGAUUUAGGUUUUUCCUCUACAACUGAUGAGUUUUGGUAUUUGUUAUUACAGAACUGAAAUAUUUUUCACAAUCUUAAAAAUGAUUUUAAACGUUUAUCUAAAAAUAUCAAAUAAUUUGGAAAGCUUAUACAACAAUAUUAAAUUGAAGGCUAAGAAAGUUGAAAGUGGACGUAAUGACAGGUAUGAUGGGGUAAAUAGCCAUUAACAGCUACCCAAAACUGAGUUAUGAUUUUAUGUCACAUAGAUACAGAGUAAUCAGCUCAGUGGAUGUACAAUCUGAUUUAUCAAUUUUGUUUUUGGACUGCAAUGUAAGAUAUCAAUUGAGAUGCAACAAAACGACUGGAUAACUGACUGUUUUGUAGUUGUAGAUGUUCCACUACCACCAAUUCCUUCUCUUACUAGGAACCUCACCAAUGGCGAUUGCACAAACCCCUUUGUGUUUAUUUGUAUACUUGAGUAAUACAGGCCUCGGUUCAAUAUUUUUGGAUAGAGUUUUGAAAUGUUUUAACAUUAUAGGAUACAUUUUUACCAAUGAUAUUUUCAAAAUUUUCAAAAUAUCAAAAAAAUAUAUCACAUAUAUAAAAAAUAUCAAUAUAUAUAAAAAAAUCUGAAUAUUAAAAUAUUUUUCAAAACAUUAAAUAAUUUUAAAAAAAUUCUAAAAAUAUGAAAUCAUUUGAAAAGCUGAUGCAAAAAAAGGAAGUCAAUUAAAUCAAGGCCUUAAAGUUAACAAAAUAAUAAGAUAAUAAUACCACUAUGCUAUGUAAGGAUAAAUGGAAUACUUCUACAUGAGUGAUGGACUACAUGUCCCAUGAUGCUCUACCAGACUUAAGGCAAUCUACAAAAAACUGCAGCAUCAAACGUGUAUCCUGUAUUCUACAACAAUCUUUAGAAAGCCGCAAUUGCUUGCCCUUGGAAUCGCCAGACAAUUACAGACUGUCUUUGCCGUCUCUAACCUUUACCCUAAAGCUCGAAAACUUUGCCCACGUCAGCAGUAAAAGCACUUUCCCAUCGAGCUGUUACAUUGUCUCCAGAUUGGAAAAAUCCUUCAGCAACAUCUCACAGUUGGGUUUUAAUUCUGCUUUCCUGCAAAUUCCUGUGCCAUCUGCAAAUUCUGCCCUCCUUGCUAUUUACACAUCUCGCUUAAAUAUUUAUGAAUGAUAUAUUACAUUAAAUAUAAUAUAAAAUAUUGACAGGCACAGGUCUCGGUACAGAUCGUCAAGAGACGACACUGUUUAUUUUUCUCCAGAGCAAAAAUCUGACAGUUUCGUUGUCAUCUGUGUCCUCUGCCCACCCUGAAGGUUCUGUUCUAUAAAUUCUUUACUGUAUAACAAGGAUUUUAUUUUGUGAAUGAGAGAGCCAAGAAUUAAUAAUUGAGAAAUACAAAUGGUAGCCAGGGAUGUCUAGAGGAUCAGUAUGUCUGCACUAAUAAAGUGUCAAUCCCACUUUGGUCCUAAUUUGGGGCCCUCUCCUGCCGCCAUGCUUUUUUAUUUUUAAAAUCUUGCUUGUUGGGACAGGGAAAAGUGAGUAUUUCAUUAAAUGGACUUGCUGCUGUGCCACUCUAUUUAAGAACACUCCUGUCCAUAUAAGCCCACUUCAGCAUUACUCUGCAUUUAGACACACCUGAUUGGCAGCCUUGGAAGGCUUUCUGCGAACCAGGUGCAUACGAGUGCCUUGAUGAUGCACCAUUUUUUGGCAACCAUGCAUUCUCCUGCCCUGAUUUUUGAACUCUCAGUGUCGCCAGGUAUUAAUUGAUGCCUCUCCAGUGUGCCUGUUUGGGAAGAACAUUCACAGGGGAUGCAAAACGCUCUCUAAUUCUGCCCUACUCUCCAGAAUAUCUGUUCAGAAUAUCUGUGUUUGUAUGGGGGAAUUCAGGACCUUUGUAGGAUCAGUGCCCCACUGGAAUAGAACUCAUACAGGGUUAUUCACUAAACACCAGAUUUUGUCCGGAUUGCGUGUGUGUUAAAGGAACACUGUAGGGUCAGGAACACAACCAUGUAUUCCUGACCUUAUAGUGUUAAACCCACCAUUUAGGUGGCUUGCCCCCCCUUAGUCCCCUUAAAAGGAAUUAAAACUCAUUUAUCUCACUUAUUUCCAGCACCGCGCUGGUCUUCCGGCCCUGGCUCCGCCGGCACUGGCUACACCCUCUUGAUGACAUAAUGAGAAUUGCAGAUUUUUAGCCAAUCCAAUGCUUUCCCAUGGGGAAAGCAUUGGAUUGGAUAAAAUCAGCAAGGGGGCAGGGCAAAAAGCAGUUUUGGCCAAUCAGCACUCCUUCAUUGAGAUGCAUUGAAUCACUGCAUCUCUAUGUGGAAAAUUCAGCAUCCCCAUGCAGAGCGUGGAGAUGCUGAACGGCGGUGCUGCCUACUGUGCAGCAUUGCCCCAGGAAGCACCUCCAGUGGCCAUCUGAGGAGUGGCCACUUGCAGGUGUCCCUAUGGGCACUGUUAAGACUGCCUUUUCUCUGAAAAGGCAGUGUUUGCAUAAAAAUGAUUGCAUAUAAUGAUUAUACUCACCAGAACAACUACAUUACACUGUAGUUGUUCUGGUGACUAUAGUGUCCCUUUAACUGAGUGUUGUUUGGUUGUGGGGAAGAUUGAGUAUUGUGACAGUGUGUGUAGCGGCUGAAUGUAGUGUGUGUGGAGGAGGCUAAACAUGCCUGUGUGCUGGAUGAGUGCCUUGUGUGUAGUGACUGAAUUUGUGUGUGGUUGGAAGUCUGAGUGUGGCCAGGGCUGUCUCAGUGCAUUGUCAUGCUGGGCAGAUGCCCAGGGGCCCCACGAGCAUAGGUGCCCUAUAGGCCAACUCUUCAGUAUAUUAUUCGGGGACAUUUAUUCAGAAACUUUAAACUUUAAACCCUCUGGUUUAUGUAAGUGGAUUAAUCAAUUAGUAUGAUAUGUUACCUGUACAUGCAAUCUUGCUGUUGAAAAUACAUAUAUUGACGUUGACAAAAACAACGUGCACAUACUAAUUGUACAAAAUCAAAGACAAAAUCAACACAUAUUUUUUUGAAUCUGUAAAGCCAUAAUAACGUUCUUCUAAUAUUUUUAACAGUUCAUGUUAGUUGCCUUUCCCUCGCUACCUACUAAACAUCCGUGUGGAUUAAUUUCUGCGAACAGCAUGUUUUUUUUAUUGGACCUGCCUAUAAUAUAAGCUUAAUUUUAUUGAUAAUUUACAUUUUCAUUCCUGUGAGUGGUUGUGCAGGCAGGGCCCCAGUGCACCAUUUUGCCCGGGUCCUAUGAUGCUGUUAAGAUGACCCUGAGUGUGGCUCAAUGUUAUGUGUGGGGAAGUGUUUAACUUGCCCCCCUCCUGCUUACAUUUUAUUAGAAGGGGAGUUGUUAUCCUGGGUGGUCCAGUAAAGACAUGCUGAGGAGCUAAAUCCCUGGUGGCUUGGUAGGGGUCUUGGUAUGGUUGAACCAAUAUUGGAUGCAGAUCCUUUUAAGCGUUCCCUGGCUGUCUCUGUGCUGUGUCAAUGACACAGAUUGUUGACUGCAGCUAUCUGAGUCAUUGAGAAGUGCUAGGAGACCUCUCGAGAGCUCUUAAUGUGAUCUGCACCCAAAGACGAUCUCACAAAGCUCGCUCCAGCAGAUAACAGGGCAAAAAUGUGAAAUCUGUUGAUCCACCUGUCAGUUUAUGAGGGGCUCAGAUCACAGCCAGAUCUGGAGCUUCAGGUCCAAAGAGGGGCAAUUGGGCAGAUGUCUGAGCAGGGGCUAUAGGCGGUAUCCUAUGCCGCUUUAUGGGAAAUCUUGUUUUGAUCCUCAGAGGCACACAUAUCAGUCCCAAGUAACUGUCUAUGAUAAAUUGAUUAAUGUUAUUGUAGCAAUAACAUCUUCCUCAUUGCAACAGAGAAUCCUCUAAACACAGGGAAUUGUCUAAUCAUGGCAUUUUACAGAAUGCAUUUUGUUAUAUUACAAUUGAAUAAGGUCAUUUUAAUUGUAUAAUGUAUGUAUUUCAGAUCCUUGGCAAAGAGUGUUAUACGUAUAGAUUAUAAAAUUACAUGUCACAACCCAUGUACAGCACUACUGUACAUAUUUUCUUCUAUAAAACAAAACAUAUACAUCAAAAUUACAUUAGGCGACUAUAUAUAAAUAUAUAAACACACGCAGUCACGUUUGCCCUUUCCUGACAGCCCUGAAGGUUUUUAGUUUUUCAGAGUACAGACAGCAGAUAUUUGUUAAGGGAAGCAUGAAAUUGCAGGGAGUGGUAGGAGAUCCCACGAGGCUGUAGGCAGCAGUUCCUGCUGGGACACCACAUGUAGUCACACCGGCCCUUUGGGGCUCUGAGUGAGCAGUGCUGGCGCCUGUCUAAUGGGCAGGUGUCUAGCGCAUGGAGAGUGAAGUCAGCUUAACCCCUUCUCUGCCACAGGGAAACAAGGUACAGCCUGCGUGAGACUACCGUAGUUUCCCUGUUAAAGCCCCUCAUCACAAAAUUUGAUUAUUUUUUUUUAAAUAGUUUUUUGUAAAUAGUGAUCACAAUGUUUAUUGACAAGCAAAAAACGACAUAUAAUAACACAACGUAAUAUGACUUUUAAAAUCACUUAUUUCAAUACCCAUAAAAGCAAUAAAAAAACAAAAAAGCAACUUCAUAAUGGCAUCACUUAAUGAGGUUCUGAAACAAUAGUACAUUUUAUUUGUGUUUGGAGUGUCAUUAUGCAUUAACUAAUAAUAAUGAUAAAUACUAACAUGGUAGCGUCUUUGAAUAAUCCGAGAACCCUUCACCCCUCAAGAAAAUGGAUUAACCCUUUCUCGGGCACUGCCGCGUAUCAGUAAUUCAGAGGGUUUACUCCUGGGGGGCUCAAAGCAGCUGCCCUGUGAACCUGCAGCCCGCACUUUAUUUUUUUCAGUGACUGUCUGGUGCAGUCAGGAGCCCGCAGUCUAAGGAGGCCUCUCAGGUGCCCCUGCACUUAGGGUCACUUGGUGGGCAUUCGUCAGCAGGGGCCUGGUCGGGCGCUGUGGCCCCUUAACAGUACGACUGAGACCCCUUGUUUAUCGGCAGAGUGAGAGGAAGUGACAGACGCAACUCCCUUCCUCCCACAGAGAACACAGAGCUACGUGGGUGGAGCAGGGAGAGCCACACCCCAACUCCCAACAACUUCAGGCACCACACUGAAUCCCAGGGAAUCUACCCUCCAGCAAAAGGUAGGAAACUGAAGGGUGGAUUAAAAAAUUAAAAUUUUGCAAGUGUGUCAGUAUGUCUGUCAAUGAAUGUGUCUCUGUGUGUAUGUCAGUAUGUGUGUGUGUAUGUGUCAGCAUGUCUUUCAGUGUGUAUCAGUAUGUAUGUCAGUGUAUGUGUCUCUGUGUGUGUCAGUAUUUCUGUCAGUGUAUGUUUCUGUAUGUCUGUCAGUGAAUGUGUGUAUGUCAGUAUGUCUGCCAGUGUAUGUGUCAGUAUGUUUGUCAGUGUAUGUGUCUGUGUAUGUGUCAGUAUGUCUCUCAGUGUGUAUCAGUAUGUCUGUCAGUGUAUGCGCCUGUGUGUGCCAGUAUGCCUGUCAGUGUAUGUAUCUGUGUGUCAGUAUGUGUGUCUGUGUGUCAGUAUGUCUGUCAAUGUGUGUCUGUGUGUGUGUCAGUAUGUCUGUAUAGUGUAUGCAUCUCUGUGCAUGUCGGUAUGUUUGACAGUGUAUCUGACUGUUUAGCUGUAUGUGUGUAUAUCUGUAUGUUGUCCUUGUGUGUAUUUGUGUAUUUGUCUAUUCUCAGUAUGUGUAUCUGUGUGUCUGAGUAUCUGCAUAUGUGUCAGGUUGUGUAUCUGUUUGUCUGUAUGUGUAUUGGUGUGUCUGUAUCUGUGUCAGUCAGUGUGUCUGUGUAUCUGCAUGUGUGUUAGUGUGAAUAUCUGUGUAUCUGCAUGUGUGUUAGUGUGAAUAUCUGUGUAUCUGUGUGUGUCAGUGUAUGUGUAUCUGCAUGUGUGUGAGUGUGUAUUUGUGUGUGUGUAUGUGUAUCACAGUGUGUGUGUAUGUGUAUCACAGUGUGUGUGUGGCAUUAAAUAUAACACACCCCUGCACCCAAAAACCAACUCAUGCUUGCUUUAUUCAAAUGCCUACACCACACACAAACACACUCUUACCUUCACACAAACAUACUCCAUAGGAACACAUGCUUACAUUCAUACACACAAACACUGCUCUGCAAGCAUGGGGAAAUGGUAGAGCCACCUUUUGGUCACCCAGAACCUUUUCUACUUUAGUUCCACCACUGCGUUGGGGUGGGUGGCUUGAUUGCAUGCCAGGGAGUGGGAGGGGGCAGGGUCCAGGGGGCCUAAGCAAAUGGUUGCCCAGCGUCCAUUCAAUAUUAACGAUGGACCCAAACCGUCGAAUAGACAGGACAUACGAAUAGGGACUACUAGCAAAGAGAGAUACAGCUAGCACAUGUGACGCAAAACAAACAGGUACAAUGACUGGGUCAACCCCGGUUCAUGGUUCAGCCCACCACUUGUAACACCCUCAUGCCUGUUCUGUGGUAGCGAAAGACACCAAGAGGCGUACUGCCCAGAUCUGCAUCACCUGACUAUUGCCCUAGUAGCACACAAGUCACACGAGAUCAAGCUAUAAAGAAAGAAAGCCCAGAACACCCACGCACAGGCAGGGAGAUACCAGAUACACUAGUAUCGUUACCCUGGCCCAUACCCUUCUAGGGCAAUGUAAUACUCUCACCACCUGAACAAUGCAAUUGCAGACUACCGAACAACAACCCGGGGCAGUACCUCAUACCCAGCGUAAGCCUCACGGAUCAUACCAGCGCUAAUACAUGGCAAUAACUAUAAAAUGCAUAUGUAAGGUGAAUUACGCAAUUUAGGUAUACAAGACGAGGAGUCAGUGAAAGUAUGAACCGAUUACUAGAUCCGUUCCCAGAAUCUAACCUGACUUGCACCUUGUGAAUAUUACACAAUGUAUUUCCCAUUCAUGGAAAUGUUUACUACUGUACUGCUUAAUACCUGAUACUUAAUGUACUUCUUUUCUCUUUCUGUAAUCCCAUUCCAACUUAAAAAAAACAAUAAAUAAAGAUUGUCAAAAAAAUAUAUAUUAACGAUGGCCCUGGGGAAAUAUGAAAACUUGCCAAGGGUAAGCUCUGCCUUUUGUUACGUUUUGUUAAGAGUAGGAAAAAUACAAAAACAAAGUAGUCCCCAGUAUUUUACAUUGCAUGGUUAAGAGGGCAGGGAAACUGCACUCAGACCACCUAAUUUAGACAAACUGGUCUGGCUGUAGCGCUCCUUUAAGAACCACAGCUGUGGAUGACAACUGAAAACAGCGCCACCAUGAAACGGAGAGGUCACAAGGCACACUACACCUAAACUCUUCAAGUGUGGAUCAAAAGCGGCAUUUAUACACGACAGAUUCCAGCAGAGGGAGCCUCGAUGUUUGUUUUUGUUUAUCAAGAAACACUAGGGAACAAGACACAAUUCUCUUUCAGGAAUUUUCGCCUGUUCUCUUUAGAACUGAGAUUCUCGUGCGUCGGACAAAGAGACAGUGUAGCUAACACAGAUGGUUGUUUGAAGAUCUAGUCUCUGACAAAGGUGGCUGAAGCUUCCUCACAGAAGGUUGUUUUGCGUUUGGCUCAUUAACCGUCAGGUACGCAGGCCUCCCUCUAUACAGCGGAACUGUCAAACAUUCUGACAGUCAUUUACUGGGACAUUAGGCAGCUAAUGAAGUCAGUUCAAUAUCUGCUGCCACACGCAGGUACCAGAGACAAAUUUUUAAGAUGCAAUUUCUCCUCUUCCAUUUAACAACUUCACUGCUGGGUUGAUGGCUUCCAACUUCAGCUGAAGAAGGGGUUAAGUUCCAUCUAACACGCCAGAAUUCUACUUGUAGGAAGCUCAUCUUAAGGGCAUCACAAAACCAUGUUUACAGUGUAAAUUCUAGCACUGUAACAUCAGUUGCGGCUUGAAGACUUACAAAUAAAUGUAAAGAACAAAAUUAAAAUAAAAAAGCAAACGGUUUAUAUAUCACCAUAUGGUACUGUAUGCAAAUGCUGAAUAAUUACCUCGUAUGUAGGGACAAGUAAACAAUUCAAGCAAAGACGAAUCCAGCAUAUUUUAAAUGAUGUAUGUUAUUGUGUGAUCUAAUCAUGCGCAUAAUCAGGCUUAUUUACUAAAGUGUAAGUUAAAAGGGAAUUUAAAAAAUUUAGGCAAGCUUAAUGUAAAAGGAUUUGUAGCUAACCUAUGCGUGAAUGAUAUGUUUUUGCAAGUAUGCAUGCAGUUUAUGUUUAAACAUCUGUACAGACUGAUAAAACCAACUCUUCAGGCAGCGAAUUCCACAUCCUUAUAUUCUCAUGGUAAAGAACCAUUUCCUUUGCCUUAGGUUAAAUCUCCUUUCUUCCAGUCUAAAUACCUGACCUCAUGUCCUUAUGAAUACAUUUCAAGACAAUGAAUUUGUAUCAUGUUAUCAUAUCCCUCUGAGGCGCCAUUUUUCUAAACUAAAAAAGGGUUUAAAUUUGUUAACCUUUUUUUAUAACUAAAGUGUUCCAUUGCUUUUAUUAUUCAUUUUGUAGCCCGCCUCUGCAGUAUUUCUAGUUCCAUAAUGUCUUUUAAUAGAACAGGUGCACAAAAUUGCACAACAUAUUCAAGACGUGGUCUUACCAGUGAUUUAUAAAGAGGCAAAAUUAUAUUUUCAUCCCUACCAUUAAUGCCUCUAUUUAUACAUGACAAAACCUUACUGGCCUUAGCAACUGCUGAUUGACAUUGUACAUUGUUCAACUCCCAAAUCCUUCUCUAGUUGUUAUCCCUAAUUCGCUUCCAUUAAGGGUAUAAGUAGCUGGGGCAUUCUUUACCCCAAAGUGCAUAACUUUGCAUUUUUAUACAUUAAAUUUAAUCUGCCAUUUGUUUGCCCAGUCCCCCAGUCUAUCUAAAUCCCUCUACAGAGAAGUGAUAUCCUGCUCACAUUGUAUUACCUUAGCUUUGUGUCAUCUGCAAACAUUGAAACAUGGCUUUCAAUGUCUGUUUAAUUUAUAAAUGUCUGAUGAUCUAAUGAAACUAAAAUGAUAACCUUUUAAAAAGACUCACCACAAAUAUUACAUUAUUAUAUAUUGUCUAUUAAUAGCUUAUUUUCUAAAAUAUUACCUUAGCCCAUUCCAAAUAUUAAUGAAUGAUUUGCUAAUUUUCAAACAAUAACUCUUCAUUAUCCUAUUACAAAAUAUUAAUCUCAUUGUGUUAUGUUGCUCCAGUCCAUCUUUGGCCUUAAUCUACUAAAAUAUGGCUUGGCAGCGAGAGAAGCAUUCAUUUAAAGGCACACGUAAAUCUAGGUUGAAUUGUUAGACUCACUUUUCAAAUUUUGACAUGAAAAUGUUGAAAAAACAUCCAUAUUCUUUAUAGCAAUGCUAUACUAAAAAAGCUGUGAUAUUAUUAUAGCACUUGUAGAAUUCCAGGCAUCAUUACUAUGGAUUGACGAAUGGAUUGACGAAUGAAUUGACGAAUGAACAAGACAUUUUGCUUGUUUUGUGAUUUGGAAUUCCAUCUAUAGUUGAUUGAUAGGAAAACAAUGAUGAUCGAUGGUUAAGGGUCAGUCACUAAAUAUUGAUUUAAAUCACAGAUCAGUGAGAAGUGUCAGAUAGAGGGAAAAUGAGGAGGAACAAAAGGCACUCUACAUUAAUAAAUAUCUAAUAUAUGAAUAUAUAUUUGUUACAGUUCCUCAUUUUUUGCCCUAUCUUGGUUACUUCUUCUCACUUGACUUGUGAAUCAAAGUGGACACAUUUAUAUUUUGGUUCACACAAAUUUUUUCCCCUGAAACUAUUCCAUAGUGAAUUUGUCUAAACCAAAAUACUACGUUACCAAAACCAAUUUCACCUGAGCCAAUUAGCUUAUUUUUUUUGGAUGAACCAAGUUUUUUCACUAUUUAUAUUUAUAUCACUUUUUUUUACAGUGGCCAGAUAAGCAGUAAAUUACCAUGACAUGUAACUAAAUUCAUUUAAAAAAAUAAUAAUUCAUAAGUUUUAUGGAGAUCUGUAGCCUCUGAGGCAUUGAGGGGGAGGAUGGGGUUUUACUGUAGGAGGAAGUCAGAUUAAGACUUUGUUACCUUAAUUGGUUUCACUUUAACCCUGAUGUUUAAAUAAAAGUCAGGGGUCUUAUAUUAGAUAUAUAGGUAGAAUUAUACAGGAAAAAUAUUUAUUCCAGGAAACUACUAAUUCAGUGAGUUGACCACAACAUUUUUUAUUUUUUUUUAAAUUGCGUUUUGGACUGAUUUUCUAAUCCGGCAUUUUAUCAUCUCUAUUUCAUUCUGUUUUGAGCACGACGGAAUAUUAAAGCAAUACAAAAUGGAAAAAAGCAAGAAAUGAGAGAUGUGAGGGAAAUUAGCAAGCCAGGGCGAGCUCAGCUCCUUCCAAGAGCAUUCGUCUACGGAUUGAGAAAUAUGUGUGUCUGGAAGAUUGGAUUGUGCAGUGAACAGUGGCAAGAAGUGAGCGGCAAUAAAUCACGGAGCCAUGAGACACUAGGAGAAGCGCAUGUAACCCCCUGCCGGAAUCAGUCUGAAGGUGACCUUACUGGCAGCAGAAGGGAAAAAAAUAACAAAAUAAACACAUAUUUAUAGACAAACAACACCGGUCUCGACUGCGCUGUAAACAGUGACUAGAAUCUUUCCAAAUAUACAAUGUUUCAGAGAUUUAAACCCUGCAUUUUGCCUGAAGAUACUAAUAAUAUGUGUAGGUUCCACCUUUUUCCCUCCGGUUUGGGCGACCCAGCCGAGCGAAGAAGAAUAACCCUGUGCAGACCACGGGGAAAGUCUCAGGUCAUAAAACUUGAAUUUGGUGGUAGAAUAAGGCGAGUUGGAUACAUGGAUUUCCUAAUUCUGUUAAGGGUCUUUAGUCCUCUAGCAUGUAAGCUUAUUGAGCAGGGCCCUCAACCCCUCUGUCCCUGUGCGUCCAUCUUGUCUGGUUACGAUUACUUGUCUGUUAUUCCACCCAUUGUACAGCGCUACGUAAUUUGCUGGCGCUAUAAAAAUAAAUAAAUGACAAAAUAAAAUUAAUAAUUGUCACAGAUCACAUCUGUUAUCCAGUCACCAGCAUAUCCCAAUCAUUACUGAGUCUGUACCUGCUCUGCGUUCACUGUGUAGUCUGGCCAUUUAAACUCCCUUUUUUCUAUAGAUACCCAAAGCUCUGCACCUCUUGGUGAAGGCUAUUGCAUAACAUUUUCACUGUCCAGUAGGUCCUCAGGAUCGUUCAUUGGUGAUGGGACAAGACACUGGGGAUCCCCAGUUUCGGAAUUUUAUGGGAUAACUCUAGCAUUUUUUUAUCUUCUUUUUUUAAUACCAAUCCUUCCCUGUUUCGGUGCUAAAAGUUAUUAAGAUGCGUUUUCCCCCUUGUGGUCCAAUUACUUAGGAAAUGUAGAUCUUUGCACCUGAACAGCGCAGAUCAUCUUUGUCAUACUUCGUUCGUGAUACUUCUGUGCUGUUAAAGGAGUCAGGGGCAGAAUAACAUGCAGAAAAUUUCCAAAAUUACUAAUAAUUUAGGAAAGCUGUUAGGGUGCUGGUGAAUUUCAUCAAGAACAUUCCAUUAGCUUGGCCCUGGAGUGCAAGAACUGUGAUCUAGUGAAGGGUGGCCAGGUAUCUCCAUCCCUGUGGCACAGAUCUAUCUUUUCUGCUUCCUGAAAAAUACCAUAAAUUUAAGGCCAAAGUGGUCAAACUGGUAGCAUUGCUUACUUAGAUCAUUUUUCCAUUCUGUCUGUCUUGUCCCUAAGUUUGAAAUUCACUUUGGACUAACUUUGAAUUCUCUUGUUUUGUUAUAAUCUUACUGAGCAACAGUCAUGUUUGAUUUAAAGAUAUCUUUGAAUCCAGAAAAAAACAUUGCUAUAUUAUUUAUUAAAUCCUUUCACAACUCUUACUUUACCCAACUUCCUUUCUACUAGAACAAACUUCUCUUUGCAAAGAAUUCCACCUUUCAAACACAUACUCACAUACACAUAAUAAACCAACUUUUUUACAUAAACUGUUGACAGAAAGUUAGAGGUUAAAUCACUCAUUAAUAUUUGUUUAGUAAUAUAGUUACUAGACUAUCCAAAGUGUCCCCGAUAAGAUCCCAGUAGCCAUUUACUGGUACAUUCAGGACAGGCAUGUUGAUUUUAUAUGCAAACAAAACAAGUACAUUGAUAAAGUUUACAGAAAUACAUGCAAUGUAAAACAUCAGUUGUAAAAACACGACAAUAGCGCCUUAAAUCACAAUUGUUGUCACGGGCGCCUGAAGCACAUAGAUGUGCAGAACACAAACUGGGCAUAUAAACUGUCAUCGUGGUAUUGGAGUACCUUACAAAUCUUGCCCAACACCCCCUUUUCCUUCCUUGUGUUGAUCAGAGCAGCAAGUAACAUUUAAAUUAAAUUUUUAGGAAAAGUUAAAAAAAAAACAGCAAAAGGCGUAUGAAGAAAAAAAUAAAACUAACUCAGAGCGGAGGAUCUAGCAGGAUCACAAGACUACUUUAUUAUUUGAAAACAUGAUAGAAGCAGGUGUUUUACAAAAGAGCAACGAAAAUUCUUAUCUCCUUUAUGCAGCGUCUAUUGUAGACGUUAAUCCACCUGCUUAGCUAACCUCAAUAACAUUGCCAGUGCAUUGCCUCUCCUAUCUCCUUCGGCACAUAACAUGCUACGAUUGCCUCAUUCACAGUCCCAUUCCAAAAGUUUCACUUAGCAACAGGCACUACGGAUGAAAGGAUUCCAGACCAAAACAGAACUCCAGCUCCAAAUCCUCAGGACAAGCAGCAGCUCGGGUGCAGAACAAAACAUUCAGGUUAAACUCUGCUGAUACAACAACACAUUUGGUUGGGAAACAAUAUGGGCAGAUAUCAAAUAUAUCGAUAAACUGUGUAUAAUUGUCAAAGCGUGGUGGUAACCCAACACACAGAACUUGAACCAACACGGAACCUAUAUAAGUAUGGGUGGGAUAGGGAGCGUAUUACCAGUCCUCAGAGGUGACUGGACAUAACGUACAUAAGAUAAAAGAAUAGUCAGGGUAAGCCGAGAUUAAGGACAGGAGAGGCACACAAUAUCUAUAGGCAAAGCCGGACCAAAGGAUACCAGAGAGCAGGAUAGUCAAGACAGGCUGGGUAAAAAUACCAAAAAGACACCAUAAAUCAGCAACACGCUACUGGGACUAACACGACACUGGGCACUGAUGAGAAUUGGUCUUUUUUAGUAUUAGGAGAUAUGACUCCGUUUGCGUCACUUUCAUUCCCCCAAAACGUAAGUGGGCAUAGAAAAUUAUGCAAUUUCAUGUCUCUUGUGUCAGUUUGUAAACACAUGGACGCUGCGUCAUAAAUAUACACAAAGAUGCAGAAUCCAGUGUCGGGAUCACUGCCAGAACAGUGACAACAGUUGUAAGACAGGAGGGGGGUGUGGGGCUGGCUGGAGAAUGUUAAAAUGCUGUGAGGGAAGUUUCAUCUGUGCAAUCGUUUUGGGAAAAAGUAUUUGGACGAACCAAAAUGGUGUGAAAAUGGGCCAAUCAGUGUACUGCCAAAUAUAAAUAUUAUAUAUAUAUAUAUUCCAGUACAUUGGUAGGCGGAUUUUUCAUUUGAGUUACAGAUCAAGUGAGAACAAAUAUUCAAUUAGAGGGAGGAAAAAAGAACGAGCAGUAAAAAAGAAAAGUUAUAUAUAUUUUGUUUUUUACUUCUCCCUUCUUCCCUAUUUUCAAUUUUUGGUCACUUUGCAUUUGAUCUUUGAAUAAAAUCAAUAUUCAGUGGAUUUCCCUUAACCAUCAACAGUGCCGGCCCCUCCAUAGACUGCUGUGGGGCCAUGGCUCUAGGCAGCACACUGACAGGGGCGACAUUUUGCUGCUUCUGUCAUCAUUUAAAACAGGAGUUCCCAACCUGAGGCGGCGGUGCAGUUGCACCGCACGGAUUGGGAACCUGUGUGUGGAGGUCCAUUUGGUGGUCCAUGCCCUUAGGGCCACCCGAUGGACAUAUGCAAUGAGGGGCUCGGUCGUGCGCUGCGGCACUUUAACAGCGUGACUGGGUUCCUUCUAUCCACAGGAAUAGCUGUGAGGAAGUGACAGCAUAUCACUCCUCCCUGCGCACACACACACAGACCAAGCCACGCGGACAGGAGGGAGCUGCGAGAAUGGGGCCAGACCAGGAGAGCAGGCUCCCAACUCCCACCAGCCACAGCCAGCAGAAACUAAGUAACUGCUGGGCUGCCUAAUUUGUUAAUGUGUGUAUCUGUGUGUUUGUAUGUGUGUAAUGUGUGUAGUGUGUGUAUCAGUGUGUUUGUAUGUGUGUGUGUAUUGUGUGCAUAGUGUGUGUGUUUGUGUCAAGUGUGUGUCUAGUGUGUGUAUCUUGUAUGUGUAGUGUGUGUGUCUGUUUGUAUGUGUGUAAUUUGUGUUUGUGUAGUGUGUGUAUCUGUAUGUAGUGUAUGUAUCUGUGUGUGUGUAUGUAUGCGUAUAGUGUGUGUAUGCGUAUGCUCGUAGUGUGUGUAGUGUGUAUCUGUAUGUGUGUAGUGUGUGUAUCUGUACGUGUGCAAUGUAUGCACCUGUUUGUGUGUGUAGUGUGUGUAUCUGUAUGUGUGUAGUGUGUGUAUCUGUGUGUGUGCAAUGUAUGCAUCUGUCUGUGUGUGUAGUGUGUGUAUCUGUAUGUGUGUAGUGUGUGUAGCUAUAUGUGUGUAGUGUGUGUAGUUUGUGUAUCUGUGUGUGUGCAAUUUGCAUCUGUGUGUGUGUGUAUCUGUAUGUGUCAGUGUGUAUCUGUCAGUGGUGUAGUGGCGCCCCUCACCGCGCCAGCCCCACCCAACCCUUCACCCUGCCCCGCCUUCUAA